CUGCAGGCUCGUAUAGCCCACCGGAUCCAGGAGCUGGAGAGUCUUCCUGGAGCUCUGCCUCCGGACCUGAGGAGUAAAGCCACGGUGGAGCUCAAGGCUUUGAGACUUCUGAACUUCCAACGACAGGUAUGACAGCAUCUCAGCAUAAACUGCUUCAGACAUGAACACUUCUAACACCAUGUUACCCUAACACCAUCUAGACCCAGACUAACAGCACUAACAUCUAGACCCAGACUAACACCAUGUUACACUAACAUCUAGACCCAGACUAACACCAUGUUACACUAACAUCUAGACCCAGACUAACAGCAUGUUACACUAACAUCUAGACCCAGACUAACAGCACUAACAUCUAGACCCAGACUAACACCAUGUUACACUAACACCAUCUAGACCCAGACUAACACCAUGUUACACUAACAUCUAGACCCAGACUAACAGCACUAACAUCUAGACCCAGACUAACACCAUGUUACACUAACAUCUAGACCCAGACUAACAGCACUAACAUCUAGACCCAGACUAACACCAGCCCAUCUAGACCCAGACUAACACCAUGUUACACUAACAUCUAGACCCAGACUAACACAUGUUACACUAACAUCUAGACCCAGACUAACAGCACUAACAUAUAGACCCAGACUAACAGCAGCCCAUCUAGACCCAGACUAACACCAUGUUACACUAACAUCUAGACCCAGACUAACACCAUGUUACACUAACAUCUAGACCCAGACUAACAGCAGCCCAUCUAGACCCAGACUAACAGCACUAACAUCUAGACCCAGACUAACAGCACUAACAUCUAGACCCAGACUAACAGCACUAACAUCUAGACCCAGACUAACACCAGCCCAUCUAGACCCAGACUAACAGCAGCCCAUCUAGACCCAGACUAACAGCAGCCCAUCUAGACCCAGACUAACACCAGCCCAUCUAGACCCAGACUAACAGCACUAACAUCUAGACCCAGACUAACACCAGCCCAUCUAGACCCAGACUAACACCAGCCCAUCUAGACCCAUACUAACACCAGCCCAUCUAGACCCAGACUAACACCAGCCCAUCUAGACCCAGACUAACACCAGCCCAUCUAGACCCAGACUAACAGCAGCCCAUCUAGACCCAGACUAACAGCAGCCCAUCUAGACCCAGACUAACACCAGCCCAUCUAGACCCAGACUAACACCAUGUUACACUAACAUCUAGACCCAGACUAACAGCAGCCCAUCUAGACCCAGACUAACACCAGCCCAUCUAGACCCAGACUAACACCAGCCCAUCUAGACCCAGACUAACAGCAGCCCAUCUAGACCCAGACUAACACCAGCCCAUCUAGACCCAGACUAACAGCACUAACAUCUAGACCCAGACUAACAGCAGCCCAUCUAGACCCAGACUAACAGCAGGCCAUCUAGACCCAGACUAACACAUUUUUACAUUUACAUUUUAGUCAUUUAGCAGACGCUCUUAACCAGAGCGACUUACAGGAGCAAUUAGGGUUAAGUGCCUUGCUCAAGGGCACAUUAACGUCAUUUAGCAGACGCUCUUAGCCAGAGCGACUCACAAAUUGGUGCGUUCACCCUAUAGCCAGUGGGAUAACCACUUUACAAUUUGACAGCCCAUCUAGACCCAGACUAACAGCACUAACAUCUAGACCCAGACUAACACCAGCCCAUCUAGACCCAGACUAACAGCAGGCCAUCUAGACCCAGACUAACAGCAGGCCAUCUAGACCCAGACUAACACCAGCCGAUCUAGACCCAGACUAACACCAGCCGAUCUAGACCCAGACUAACACCAGCCGAUCUAGACCCAGACUAACAGCAGGCCAUCUAGACCCAGACUAACAGCAGGCCAUCUAGACCCAGACUAACAGCAGGCCAUCUAGACCCAGACUAACAGCACUAACAUCUAGACCCAGACUAACAGCAGCCCAUCUAGACCCAGACUAACACCAGCCCAUCUAGACCCAGACUAACAGCACUAACAUCUAGACCCAGACUAACAGCAGCCCAUCUAGACCCAGACUAACAGCACUAACAUCUAGACCCAGACUAACAGCACUAACAUCUAGACCCAGACUAACAGCACUAACAUCUAGACCCAGACUAACACCAGCCGAUCUAGACCCAGACUAACACCAGCCGAUCUAGACCCAGACUAACACCAGCCCAUCUAGACCCAGACUAACAGCAGCCCAUCUAGACCCAGACUAACAGCACUAUCAUCUAGACCCAGACUAACAGCACUAACAUCUAGACCCAGACUAACACCAGCCCAUCUAGACCCAGACUAACACCAGCCAAUCUAGACCCAAACUAACACCAGCCGAUCUAGACCCAGACUAACACCAGCCGAUCUAGACCCAGACUAACACCAGCCCAUCUAGACCCAGACUAACAGCAGCCCAUCUAGACCCAGACUAACAGUAGCCCAUCUAGACCCAGACUAACAGUAACACUAACAUCUAGACCCAGACUAACACCAGCCCAUCUAGACCCAGACUAACCACCAGCCCAUCUAGACCCAGACUAACACAGCCCAUCUAGACCAGACUAACAGCAGCCCAUCUAGACCCAGACUAACAGCAGCCCAUCUAGACCCAGACUAACAGCAGCCCAUCUAGACCCAGACUAACAGCACUAACAUCUAGACCCAGACUAACAGCACUAACAUCUAGACCCAGACUAACCACCAGCCCAUCUAGACCCAGACUAACACCAGCCCAUCUAGACCCAGACUAACACCAGCCGAUCUAGACCCAGACUAACAGCAGCCCAUCUAGACCCAGACUAACAGCAGCCCAUCUAGACCCAGACUAACACCAGCCCAUCUAGACCCAAACUAACACCAGCCGAUCUAGACCCAGACUAACACCAGCCGAUCUAGACCCAGACUAACAGCACUAACAUCUAGACCCAGACUAACAGCAGCCCAUCUAGACCCAGACUAACACCAGCCCAUCUAGACCCAGACUAACAGCACUAAUAUCUAGACCCAGACUAACACCAGCCCAUCUAGACCCAGACUAACACCAGCCCAUCUAGACCCAGACUAACAGCAGCCCAUCUAGACCCAGACUAACACCAGCCCAUCUAGACCCAGACUAACAGCACUACAUCUAGACCCAGACAAAACAGCAGCCCAUCUAGACCCAGACUAACACCCAGCCGAUCUAGACCCCAGACUAACAGCACUAACAUCUAGACCCAGACUAACACCAGCCCAUCUAGACCCAGACUAACAGCAGCCCAUCUAGACCCAGACUAACAGCACUAACAUCUAGACCCAGACUAACAGCAGCCCAUCUAGACCCAGACUAACAGCAGCCCAUCUAGACCCAGACUAACAGCACUAACAUCUAGACCCAGACUAACACCAGCCCAUCUAGACCCAGACUAACACCAGCCCAUCUAGACCCAGACUAACAGCACUAACAUCUAGACCCAGACUAACAGCACUAACAUAUAGACCCAGACUAACAGCAGCCGAUCUAUACAGUGGGGAGAACAAGUAUUUGAUACACUGCCGAUUUUGCAGGUUUUCCUACUUACAAAGCAUGUAGAGGUCUGUAAUUUUUAUCAUAGGUACACUUCAACUGUGAGAGACGGAAUCUAAAACAAAAAUCCAGAAAAUCACAUUGUAGGAUUUUUAAGUAAUUAAUUUGCAUUUUAUUGCAUGACAUAAGUAUUUGAUACAUCAGAAAAGCAGAACUUAAUAUUUGGUACAGAAACCUUUGUUUGCAAUUACAGAGAUCAUACAUUUCCUGUAGGUCUUGACCAGGUUUGCACACACUGCAGCAGAGUCUCCAGAUCCUUCAGGUUUCGGGGCUGUCGCUGGGCAAUACGGACUUUCAGCUCCCUCCAAAGAUUUUCUAUUCGGUUCAGGUCUGGAGACUGGCUAGUCCACUCCAGGACCUUGAAAUGCUUCUUACGGAGCCACUCCUUAGUUGCCCUGGCUGUGUGUUUCGGGUCAUUGUCAUGCUGGAAGACCCAGCCACGACCCAUCUUCAAUGCUCUUACUGAGGGAAGGAGGUUGUUGGCCAAGAUCUCGCGAUACAUGGCCCCAUCCAUCCUCCCCUCAAUACGGUGCAGUCAUCCUGUCCCCUUUGCAGAAAAGCAUCCCCAAAGAAUGAUGUUUCCACCUCCAUGCUUCACGGUUGGGAUGGUGUUCUUGGGGUUGUACUCAUCCUUCUUCUUCCUCCAAACACAGCGAGUGGAGUUUAGACCAAAAAGCUAUAUUUUUGUCUCAUCAGACCACAUGACCUUCUCCCAUUCCUCCUCUGGAUCAUCCAGAUGGUCAUUUGCAAACUUCAGACGGGCCUGGACAUGCGCUGGCUUGAGCAGGGGGACCUUGCGUGCGCUGCAGGAUUUUAAUCCAUGACGGCGUAGUGUGUUACUAAUGGUUUUCUUUGAGACUGUGGUCCCAGCUCUCUUCAGGUCAUUGACCAGGUCCUGCCGUGUAGUUCUGGGCUGAUCCUUCACCUUCCUCAUGAUCAUUGAUGCCCCACGAGGUGAGAUCUUGCAUGGAGCCCCAGACCGAGGGUGAUUGACCGUCAUCUUGAACUUCUUCCAUUUUCUAAUAAUUGCGCCAACAUUGUUGCCUUCUCACCAAGCUGCUUGCCUAUUGUCCUGUAGCCCAUCCCAGCCUUGUGCAGGUCUACAAUUUAAUCCCUGAUGUCCUUACACAGCUCUCUGGUCUUGGCCAUUGUGGAGAGGUUGGAGUCUGUUUGAUUGAGUGUGUGGACAGGUGUCUUUUAUACAGGUAACGAGUUCAAACAGGUGCAGUUAAUACAGGUAAUGAGUGGAGAACAGGAGGGCUUCUUAAAGAAAAACUAACAGGUCUGUGAGAGCUGGAAUUCUUACUGGUUGGUAGGUGAUCAAAUACUUAUGUCAUGCAAUAAAAUGCAAAUUAAUUACUUAAAAAUCAUACAAUGUGAUUUUCUGGAUUUUUGUUUUAGAUUCCGUCCUUCACAGUUAAAGUGUACCUAUGAUAAAAAUGACAGACCUCUACAUGCUUUGUAAGUAGGAAAACCUGCAAAAUCGGCAGUGUAACAAAUACUUGUUCUCCCCACUGUAGCUGCGUCAGGACGUGGUCCAGUGUAACCUCUCCUCCUCUCCUCCUAUAGCUGCGUCAGGACGUGGUCCAGUGUAACCUCUCCUCCUCUCCUCCUAUAGCUGCGUCAGGACGUGGUCCAGUGUAACCUCUCCUCCUCUCCUCCUCCUAUAGCUGCGUCAGGACGUGGUCCAGUGUAACCUCUCCUCCUCUCCUCCUAUAGUUGCGUCAGGACGUGGUCCAGUGUAUGCGUAGAGACACCACCCUGGAGACAGCCCUGAACUCCAAGGCUUACAAGAGGAGCAAGCGCCAGACGCUGAGGGAGGCUCGCAUGACAGAGAAACUGGAGAAACAGCAGAAGAUCGAACAGGAGAGGAAACGCAGACAGAAACACCAGGUGAGUGGACUCUCUGGACAAUUACCUGUUCGAUCUUCUGCUAGACAAUUACCUGUGAGAGGUUUUGACGUGUUCAGACCCUUUACUCAGUACUUUGUUGAAGCACCUUUGGCAGCGAUUACAGCCUUGAGUCUUCUUGGGUAUGACGCUACAAGCUUGGCACACCUGUAUUUGGGGAGUUUCUCCCAUUCUUCUCUGCAGAUCCUCUCAAGCUCUGUCAGGUUGGAUGGGGAGAGUCGCUGCACAGCUAUUUUCAGGUCUCUCCAGAGAUGUUUGAUCGGGUUCAAGUCCGGGCUCUGGCUGGGCCACUCAAGGACAUUCAGAGACUUGUCCCGAAGCCACUCCUGCGUUGUCUUGGCUGUGUGCUUAGGUUCGUUGUCCUGUUGGAAGGUGAACCUGCACCCCAGUCUGAGGUCCUGAGAGCUCUGGAGCAGGUUUUCAUCAAGGAUCUCUCUGUACUUUGCUCCGUUCAUCUUUCCCUCGAUCCUGACUAGUCUCCCAGUCCCUGCCGCUGAAAAACAUCCCCACAGCAUGAUGCUGCCACCACCAUGCUUCACCGUAGGGAUGGUGCCAGGUUUCCUCCAGACGUGACGCUUGGCAUUCAUGCCAAAGAGUUCAAUCUUGGUUUCAUCAGACCAGAGAAUCUUGUUUCUCAUAGUCUGGGAGUCCUUUAAGUGCCUUUUGGCAAACUCCAAGCGGGCUGUCAUGGGCCUUUUACUGAAGAGUGGCUUCCGUCUGGCCACUUUACCAUAAAGGCCUGAUUGGUGGAGUGCUGCAGAGAUGGUUGUCCUUCUGGAAGGUUCUCCCAUCUCCACAGAGGAACUCUGGAGCUCUGUCAGAGUGACCAUCGGGUUCUUGGUCACCUCCCUGACCAAGGCCCUUCUCCCCCGAUUGCUCAGUUUGGCCUGGCGGCCAGCUCUAGGAAGGUUCUUGGUGGUUCCAAACUUCUUCCAUUUAAGAAUGAUGGAGGCCACUGUGUUCUUGGGGACCUUCAAUGCUGCAGAAAUGUUUUGGUACCCUUCCCCAGAUCUGUGCCUCGACACAAUCCUGUCUCUGAGCUCUACGGACAAUUCCUUCGAUUACACAUGGCUUGGUUUUUGCUCUGACAUGCACUGUCAACUGUGGGACCUUAUAUAGACAGGUGUGUACCUUUCCAAAUCAUGUCCAAUCAAUUGAAUUUACCACAGGUGGACUCCAAUUAAGUUGUAGAAACAUCUCAAGGAUGAUCAAUGGAAACAGGAUGCACCUGAGCUCAAUUUCGAGUCUCAUAGCAAAGGUUCUGAAUACAUUUACAUUUGACAUUUUAGUCAUUUAGCAGACGCUCUUAUCCAGAGCGACUUACAGUUAGUGAGCGCAUACAUUUUCAUACUGGCCCCCCGUGGGAAACGAACCCACAACCCUGCCGUUGCAAGCGCCAUGCUCUACCAACUGAGCUACAGGGGACUUAUGUAAAUAAGGUAUUUCUGUUUUUAAUUUUUAUAAAUUUGCAAAAAUGUCUGAACCUGUUUUCACUUUGUCAUUAUGGGGUAUUGUGUGUAGAUAAAAAAAUAUAUAUAUAUUUUUUACAAUAAGGCUGUAACGUAAGGAAAUGUGUAAAAAGGGAAGGGUCUGAAUGCACUGUAUAUUACCAUAUAGGCUGUAGGCCACAGGGUGGUUCAUCCUCAGGUGCUUCCCAAGAUUUGUGCUGCUGGAAUUCUGCAAACAGUCUGGUGCAAGUCAUCUGGUUCUCCAUCUUCAUUAUGUUUGGAACCGAAAUGUGCCCAAAUCGGCGAUGCUAUAUUUUGUUGUUGCUACGAGAGACGUCUUUUUCACCUCACUCCACCGAUCUAUUGAACAGUGAAGGGCAGAGGCUACCCAUCUACCUAACCCUACCCCUCACCCUAACCCUAACCCUAACCCUACCCCUCACCCUAACCCUAACCCUAACCCUAACCCUAACCCUAACCCCGACCCCGCACCCGAACCCAACCCACCCAACCCUAACCCUACCCCUACCCCCACCCAACCCUAACCCAACCCAUCACCGAACCCUAACCCUAACCCGACCCCUCACCCAAACCGAACCCAAACACCACCUCACCCACCCUACACCGAACCCUAACCCUAACCCGAACCCGAACCCUACCCUCACCCUAACCCUAACCCUCACCCUAACCCUAACCCUAACCCUAACCCUACCCCUACCCCUCACCCUAACCCUAACCCUAACCCAUCUACCUAACCCUAACCCUCACCCGUCACCCUAACCCCUAACCCAACCCCACCCCGCACCCACCCCAACCCUAACCCAACCACCUAACCUAACCCACCGAACCUAACCACCUCAACCAACCUACCCACCCCACCCGAACCUCAACCCGAACCCUACCCUACCCUACCCCACCCAACCCUAACCCGAACCCACCCUAACCCGAACCCCUAACCCCAACCCAACCCCACCAACCUAACCCCCUCACCCUAACCCUAACCCAUCUACCUAACCCUAACCCUAACCCUCACCCUCACCCUCACCCUCACCCUACCCCUAACCCUACCCCUCACCCUAACCCUAACCCAUCUACCCUAUAAGUUAUAGGAUCUAUAGUCCCCACUUUUCAUCUCUCUUCAAUGAACUGAAUUGAUCUUCAAAGAUUCUCGCCGCACCCCACCCAGCGCAUAUAGUGGAUUUGCUGAUCAAAAUAUAGUUGUAAAAAGGAGGAGAUGUAUCCAGAGCGUCUGCUAAAUGACUCAAAUGUAAAUGUAAAAAUGUAAUAGACUGACUAAUUUAGCAAAAUGAUAUAAUCAAUAGUUAACACUCCCCCUAUAGGUAAAGUAUAUCUACAUUAACAUAAAGUUGAUCAGAUAUUUUAUAUAUGGUUUUGAUGGUUUUUUCAUUUUCAUGACGGUCUUCAUCCAAAACCGCCAAUGUCACAGCCCUAUUAAUAUGUCUUCCCCUCUUUCGGUUUCACAUGGUAACAUGUUGUUCCUUUGUCUCACUCUCAGGAGUAUCUGAACAGCAUCCUGCAGCAUGCCAAGGACUUUAAGGACUACCACCGCUCUAUCUCCGGCAAGAUGCAGAAGCUGAACAAGGCCAUCGCCACCUGGCAUACUAAUACAGAGAGAGAACAGAAGAAAGAGACAGAGAGGAUCGAGAAGGAGAGGAUGAGGAGACUCAUGGUGAGGAGGAGGAGGAGGAGGAGAGGAGGAGGAGGAUGAGGAGGAGGAGGACUCAUGGUGAGGAGGAGGAGGAGAGGAGGAGGAGGAUGAGGAGGAGGAGGACUCAUGGUGAGGAGGAGGAGGAGAGGAGGAUGAGGAGGAGGAGGACUCAUGGUGAGGAGGAGGAGGAGGAGAUAGAUGAUGAGGAGGAGGAGGAGAGGAAGAGGAGAUGAGGAGGAGGAGAAGAGGAGGAGGAAGGGUUAGAGGAGGAGAGGAGGAAGAGGAGAGGGAGGAAGAGGAGGAGGAGGGGGAGGAGAGGAAGAGGAGGAGAGGAUGAGAGUUUCCCCUGUUAACCUUUAACCGCUCUGUCUGUCCAGGCGGAGGAUGAGGAGGGCUACAGGAAGCUGAUUGACCAGAAGAAGGACAAGCGUCUGGCGUACCUGCUGCAGCAGACUGACGAGUACGUAGCUAACCUAACUGACCUAGUCUACGAACACAAGGCAGCACAGGCCGCCAACAUGAAGAAGAAGAUGAAGAAGAAGAAGAGGAAGAAGAAGAAGAAGGUGAGAGAGAACCAGAAGGAUAUGCUUCUAGGUGUGACAUCAUGAGCUUGUUUUCCACAGGUCACAGUUCAAAUCUGGAGACGAACUACCCAAUGAUGUGUCUGGGGAAGCACUGAUAUCACGUUAGCAAUAGUAUUAUAGAUCUGAGAGAUUUAGUGUUGUGUCACUAGCAGCUUCCGUUUAUUGUACCUGUGCUCACCUGUCCUGUCCUCUCUGACCCAUAGAAUAUGGAUGAGAGCGGGGAAGGGAUGAGUGGCAUCGGGCCUGACGGGGAGGUAAGAUUACAACACAACCAACUCUAGAGACUAAAUGUUGAUGGUCCUUAAACAUCCCUUUUCUACCAGUUUGAUUGACUUCUGUAGUGGCUAAAUAACUGUCUGUAGUAAUAGUGUGUUGUCUCUAUAGUCCAUGGAUGAUGUCUGUAGUAAUAGUGUGUUGUCUCUACAGCCCAUGGAUGAUGUCUGUAUUAAUAGUGUGUUGUCUCUAUAGUCCAUGGAUGAUGUCUGUAGUAAUAGUGUGUUGUCUCUACAGCCCAUGGAUGAUGUCUGUAGUAAUAGUGUGUUGUCUCUACAGCCCAUGGAUGAUGUCUGUAGUAAUAGUGUGUUGUCUCUAUAGUCCAUGGAUGAUGUCUGUAGUAAUAGUGUGUUGUCUCUAUAGUCCAUGGAUGAUGUCUGUAGUAAUAGUGUGUUGUCUCUAUAGUCCAUGGAUGAUGUCUGUAUUAAUAGUGUGUUGUCUCUACAGCCCAUGGAUGAUGUCUGUAGUAAUAGUGUGUUGUCUCUACAGUCCAUGGAUGAUGUCUGUAGUAAUAGUGUGUUGUCUCUACAGCCCAUGGAUGAUGUCUGUAGUAAUAGUGUGUUGUCUCUACAGUCCAUGGAUGAUGUCUGUAGUAAUAGUGUGUUGUCUCUAUAGCCCAUGGAUGAUGUCUGUAGUAAUAGUGUGUUGUCUCUAUAGUCCAUGGAUGAUGUCUGUAGUAAUAGUGUGUUGUCUCUACAGCCCAUGGAUGAUGUCUGUAUUAAUAGUGUGUUGUCUCUAUAGUCCAUGGAUGAUGUCUGUAGUAAUAGUGUGUUGUCUCUAUAGUCCAUGGAUGAUGUCUGUAGUAAUAGUGUGUUGUCUCUAUAGUCCAUGGAUGAUGUCUGUAGUAAUAGUGUGUUGUCUCUAUAGUCCAUGGAUGAUGUCUGUAGUAAUAGUGUGUUGUCUCUAUAGUCCAUGGAUGAUGUCUGUAGUAAUAGUGUGUUGUCUCUAUAGUCCAUGGAUGAUGUCUGUAGUAAUAGUGUGUUGUCUCUAUAGUCCAUGGAUGAUGUCUGUAGUAAUAGUGUGUUGUCUCUACAGCCCAUGGAUGAUGUCUGUAGUAAUAGUGUGUUGUCUCUAUAGUCCAUGGAUGAUGUCUGUAGUAAUAGUGUGUUGUCUCUAUAGUCCAUGGAUGAUGUCUGUAGUAAUAGUGUGUUGUCUCUAUAGUCCAUGGAUGAUGUCUGUAGUAAUAGUGUGUUGUCUCUGUAGUCCAUGGAUGAUGUCUGUAGUAAUAGUGUGUUGUCUCUACAGCCCAUGGAUGAUGUCUGUAGUAAUAGUGUGUUGUCUCUACAGCCCAUGGAUGAUGUCUGUAGUAAUAGUGUGUUGUCUCUAUAGUCCAUGGAUGAUGUCUGUAGUAAUAGUGUGUUGUCUCUACAGUCCAUGGAUGAUUUCUGUAUUAAUAGUGUGUUGUCUCUAUAGUCCAUGGAUGAUGUCUGUAUUAAUAGUGUGUUGUCUCUACAGCCCAUGGAUGAUGUCUGUAGUAAUAGUGUGUUGUCUCUACAGCCCAUGGAUGAUGUCUGUAUUAAUAGUGUGUUGUCUCUACAGCCCAUGGAUGAUGUCUGUAUUAAUAGUGUGUUGUCUCUACAGCCCAUGGAUGAUGUCUGUAUUAAUAGUGUGUUGUCUCUACAGCCCAUGGAUGAUGUCUGUAGUAAUAGUGUGUUGUCUCUACAGCCCAUGGAUGAUGUCUGUAGUAAUAGUGUGUUGUCUCUACAGCCCAUGGAUGAUGUCUGUAGUAAUAGUGUGUUGUCUCUACAGCCCAUGGAUGAUGUCUGUAUUAAUAGUGUGUUGUCUCUACAGCCCAUGGAUGAUGUCUGUAUUAAUAGUGUGUUGUCUCUAUAGCCCAUGGAUGAUGUCUGUAGUAAUAGUGUGUUGUCUCUACAGCCUAUGGAUGAUGUCUGUAGUAAUAGUGUGUUGUCUCUACAGCCCAUGGAUGAUGUCUGUAUUAAUAGUGUGUUGUCUCUACAGCCCAUGGAUGAUGUCUGUAGUAAUAGUGGGUUGUCUCUAUAGUCCAUGGAUGAUGUCUGUAGUAAUAGUGUGUUGUCUCUAUAGUCCAUGGAUGAUGUCUGUAGUAAUAGUGUGUUGUCUCUAUAGUCCAUGGAUGAUGUCUGUAGUAAUAGUGUGUUGUCUCUAUAGUCCAUGGAUGAUGUCUGUAGUAAUAGUGUGUUGUCUCUACAGCCCAUGGAUGAUGUCUGUAGUAAUAGUGUGUUGUCUCUAUAGUCCAUGGAUGAUGUCUGUAGUAAUAGUGUGUUGUCUCUAUAGUCCAUGGAUGAUGUCUGUAGUAAUAGUGUGUUGUCUCUAUAGUCCAUGGAUGAUGUCUGUAGUAAUAGUGUGUUGUCUCUAUAGUCCAUGGAUGAUGUCUGUAGUAAUAGUGUGUUGUCUCUAUAGUCCAUGGAUGAUGUCUGUAGUAAUAGUGGGUUGUCUCUAUAGUCCAUGGAUGAUGUCUGUAGUAAUAGUGUGUUGUCUCUACAGCCCAUGGAUGAUGUCUGUAGUAAUAGUGUGUUGUCUCUAUAGUCCAUGGAUGAUGUCUGUAGUAAUAGUGUGUUGUCUCUACAGCCCAUGGAUGAUGUCUGUAGUAAUAGUGUGUUGUCUCUACAGCCCAUGGAUGAUGUCUGUAUUAAUAGUGUGUUGUCUCUACAGUCCAUGGAUGAUGUCUGUAGUAAUAGUGUGUUGUCUCUACAGCCCAUGGAUGAUGUCUGUAGUAAUAGUGUGUUGUCUCUACAGCCCAUGGAUGAUGUCUGUAGUAAUAGUGGGUUGUCUCUACAGCCAAUGGAUGAUGUCUGUAGUAAUAGUGUGUUGUCUCUACAGCCCAUGGAUGAUGUCUGUAUUAAUAGUGUGUUGUCUCUACAGUCCAUGGAUGAUGUCUGUAGUAAUAGUGUGUUGUCUCUACAGCCCAUGGAUGAUGUCUGUAGUAAUAGUGUGUUGUCUCUACAGCCCAUGGAUGAUGUCUGUAUUAAUAGUGUGUUGUCUCUACAGUCCAUGGAUGAUGUCUGUAGUAAUAGUGUGUUGUCUCUACAGCCCAUGGAUGAUGUCUGUAGUAAUAGUGUGUUGUCUCUACAGUCCAUGGAUGAUGUCUGUAGUAAUAGUGUGUUGUCUCUACAGCCCAUGGAUGAUGUCUGUAGUAAUAGUGUGUUGUCUCUACAGUCCAUGGAUGAUGUCUGUAGUAAUAGUGUGUUGUCUCUACAGCCCAUGGAUGAUGUCUGUAUUAAUAGUGUGUUGUCUCUACAGUCCAUGGAUGAUGUCUGUAGUAAUAGUGUGUUGUCUCUACAGCCCAUGGAUGAUGUCUGUAGUAAUAGUGUGUUGUCUCUACAGCCCAUGGAUGAUGUCUGUAGUAAUAGUGUGUUGUCUCUACAGUCCAUGGAUGAUGUCUGUAGUAAUAGUGUGUUGUCUCUACAGCCCAUGGAUGAGAGCAGUCAGAUGAGUGAGCUGCCAGUCAAAGUGAUUCAGACAGAAACCGGGAUGGUUCUGCAGGGACUCGACGCCCCCAAGUCCUCACAGCUGGAGGCCUGGUUAGAGAUGAACCCUGGGUAAGACACAUGAAAAUCCUACAUUAUUGAUAUUUUCUAGUUUCAGUUGUAUUAUUUUAUUUGACUUGUAACCCGUCAUUUUCCUUCUUUUAAACUCAGAUAUGAAGUGGCUCCAAGGUCAGACAGUGAGGAGAGCGGCUCAGAGUUUGAGGAGGAGGUGAGUGUCUCGUCUCAUUAAAGCGGACAUCCCAUAGAGUUAGACUCCCGACCUCUACACCGCGACGGCCCACUUCAGCCCUCAGUUGUCAGCUCCUGCAGAUGUCUGACUGCUUUUGUCUUAACUUAGCUUCAUUAGCCUCCCUGUCACCUUCCCCUCUUCCUAUGUCCUCUGGAGUUUCUAACAUACAGGGCCGUGAAAAAGUAUUUGCCCCUUUUCUGAUUUUUUUGAUACUGAAUGUUAUCAGAUCUUCAGUCAAAACCUAAUAUUAGAUAAAGGGGACCUGAGUUUACCGAUAACCGUUGAUAUGAGAUCCUUACAGUGGAAUGCAUCUGUCUAUAGAACAUUCUUCCAAGAUUCUUGAUGAUCAUCUAGGAUCUUCCAGGUGCUUUUUGGAAAACUUGAGUCAACUGUUUGGACGAGAUGGGUCCCAGUUAUGCCUGGCCAAAACCAAACACUGCAUUCCACAGUAAGAACCUCAUACCAAAGGUCAAGCAUGGUGGUGGUGGUGUGAUGGUUUGGGGAUGCUUUGCUGCCUCAGGACCUGGACGACUUGCCUUAAUAGAAGGAACCAUGAAUUCUGCUCUGUAUCAGAGAAUUCUACAGGAGAAUGUCAGACCAUCCGUCUGUGAGCUGAAGCUGAAGCGCAGCUGGGUCAUGCAGCAAGACAAUGAUCCAAAACACACAAUCAAGUCUACAUGAAAAUGGCUAAGAAGCAACAAAUGUGAAGUUUUGGAAUGGCCUAGUCAAAGUCCAGACCUCAUCCGAAUCGAGAUGUUGUGGCAGGACUUGAAACGAGCAGUUCGUUCACACUUGAAAACCCACAAAUGUCGCUGAGUUACAGCAGUUCUACAUGGAAGAGUGGGCCAAAAUUCCUCCACAGUGACGUGAGAGACUGAUUAACAACUACAGGAAGCAUUUGGUUGGAGUCAUUGCAGCUAAAGGUGGCACAACCAGUUAUUGAGUGUAAGGGGGCAAUUACGUUUUCACACAGGGGAAUUGGGUGUUGCAUAACUUUCUUUAUGAAAUAAAUGAAAGAAGUAUAUACCGUAUUUUCCGCACUAUAAGGCGCACUUAAAAGCCUUUAAUUUUCUCCAAAAACGACAGUGCGCCUUAUAAUCCGGAGCGCUUUAUAUAUGGAUCAAUUGGUUAAUUGGUUGAUCCAUGCUGGUUGUACACGCCGCUCAAGGCGCUCUGUCAAAAUGUUUCAGUAUGAAAAACCAAUAAAAACAAUUUAAUAAUAAUGAAAUGUUUCAGUACGACUGGUACACUACACAGCCGCACCGCUUGCAGCAUUACGGCUACCGUUGUCAGUAAACACUGGUACUGUGCUUACUCACAGUCCCACACCACUUGUCUGUGUAUAAAGACCCCAAAAUGGCAGCUUUCAAGAGACACGCUUACGACGCAGAGUUCAAGCUCAAGGCUGUCGGUCACGCAGUAGAAUAUGGGAAUAGAGCAGCAGCGAGAGAAUUCAACAUUAAUGAAUCAAUGGGCUGAUAUAUCAGUCUCAACUGUGGUCCAAGCUUUCACGAAGGCAGGAAUAAUCUCUAAACUGCCAGGCAACAGCAGCGACACUGACUCGGAUAAUGACGAGAGGGAGCCGGGCAGGUUGGAUGCCGUAGUCGCCCAACUGUUCAAUUCGGACACUGAAGAAGAAGAAUUCGAGGGAUUCGUGGACGGGGAAUGAACUGAAAAAGUGAGUUUUACGUGUUAUACGUAACUGAACAAUGUUGAGUUAUGCACUAACGUUUGAUUUAGUGGUAUCAGACUGUUUCUUUUACUAUGUGUUUACUGAAUCAGGGAAAAGUUCCCCUCCACGUUUGGGAGAAGAGUGAGCAAGGCUGGGAGAUAUUGUUAAUAUGCACAUUAACGUUUGAACAACGUUACCAUGGGAGUGAACGGAGUUGUCAGAACGCUUAAUCCAGGCUCUGUCGUAGCUGGCCGCGACCGGGAGACCCAUGGGGCGGCGCACAAUUGGCCCAGCGUCGUCCAGGGUAGGGGAGGGAAUGGCCGGCAGGGAUGUAGCUCAGUUGGUAGAGCAUGGUGUUUGCAACACCAGGGCUGUGGGUUCAAUUCCCACGGGGGGUAUAAAAAAUAAUGUAUGCACUAACUGUAAGUCGCUCUGGAUAAGAGCGUCUGCUAAAUGACUAAAAUGUAAAUGUUAAUAAAGUUUGACUUUAUCUGACUGUUUUGUUGACAUUCCCUUUAGCACAGCUCCAUCUAGUGGAUGCAUAACGCAACCCCAGUCAAUCGUUUGACUAUCUUCUAUUCUAUGCGCCUUAUAAUCCGGUGCGCCCUAUAUAUGAAAACAGUUCUAAAAUAAGCCAGUCAUUGAAGGUGCGCUUUAUAAUCCGGUGCGCCUUAUAGUGCGGAAAAUACGGUAAUUGUUGUGUUAUUUGUUCAUUCAGGUUCUCUUUAUCUAAUAUUAGGUUUUGGUUGAAGAUCUGAUAACAUUCAGUAUCACAAAUAUGCAAAAGUAGAGAACAUUUGAAAGGCGGCAAAUACUUUCCACGGGACUGUAGUAAAACCCAUUCUGUGUGUUUCAGGAUGAAGAGGAGGUCCCUGGAGUGUCUAGCCGGCCAGACUCUCAGUCUGAAGAGAAGAAGAUCAUCGAUCCCAACAGUGACGAGUUCCCAGAGAUCGUAACCAAGCACAUCAUCGAGUAGGUCUCCCUUUCACACCCUGACCUCUGACCCCUAACCCCUUACCCAAGCACAUCAUCGAGUAGGUCUCCCUUUCACACCCUGACCCUAACCUCUGACCUCUUACCCAAGCACAUCAUCGAGUAGGUCUCCCUUUCACACCCUGACCUCUGACCCUUAACCCCUUACCCAAACACAUCAUCGAGUAGGUCUCCCUUUCACACCCUGACCUCUGACCCCUAACCCCUUACCCAAACACAUCAUCGAGUAGGUCUCCCUUUCACACCCUGACCCUAACCUCUGACCUCUUACCCAAGCACAUCAUCGAGUAGGUCUCCCUUUCACACCCUGACCUCUGACCCCUAACCCCUUACCCAAGCACAUCAUCGAGUAGGUCUCCCUUUCACACCCUGACCCUAACCCUAACCCUAACCCAAACACAUCAUUGAGUAUGUCUCCCUUUCACACCCUAACCCUAACCUCUGACCUCUUACCCCUUACCCAAGCACAUCAUUGAGUAUGUCUCCCUUUCAAACCCUAACCUUUGACCUCUUACCCAAGCACAUCAUCGAGUAGGUCUCCCUUUCACACCCUAACCCUAACCUCUGACCCCUAAUCCAUAAUCCAUGCACAUAAUAUAAUAGGUCUUCCUUCACACCAGGGUUUCCGUUAGCCGGUAAAUGCCAGCUUUUGGCUGGUAAAAAAAUGAAAAAGCUGAUUUAAUUAAAUUGUUGCCAGCCAAAUCCUCAAGCUGCUGGACAUUAGUGUCGGGGGUGUAGGAUAAUAAAUCCUCAAGCUGCUGGACAUUAGUGUUGGGUGUGUAGGAUAAUAAAUCCUCAAGCUGCUGGACAUUAGUGUCGGGUGUGUAGGAUAAUACAUCCUCAAGCUGCUGGACAUUAGUGUUGGGGGUGUAGGAUAAUAAAUCCUCAAGCUGCUGGACAUUAGUGUUGGGGGUGUAGGAUAAUAAAUCCUCAAGCUGCUGGACAUUAGUGUUGGGUGUGUAGGAUAAUAAAUCCUCAAGCUGCUGGACAUUAGUGUUGGGGGUGUAGGAUAAUAAAUCCUCAAGCUGCUGGACAUUAGUGUUGGGUGUGUAGGAUAAUAAAUCCUCAAGCUGCUGGACAUUAGUGUUGGGUGUGUAGGAUAAUACAUCCUCAAGCUGCUGGACAUUAGUGUUGGGUGUGUAGGAUAAUAAAUCCUCAAGCUGCUGGACAUUAGUGUUGGGUGUGUAGGAUAAUAAAUCCUCAAGCUGCUGGACAUUAGUGUUGGGUGUGUAGGAUAAUAAAUCCUCAAGCUGCUGGACAUUAGUGUUGGGGGUGUAGGAUAAUAAAUCCUCAAGCUGCUGGACAUUAGUGUCGGGGGUGUAGGAUAAUAAAUCCUCAAGCUGCUGGACAUUAGUGUUGGGUGUGUAGGAUAAUAAAUCCUCAAGCUGCUGGACAUUAGUGUCGGGUGUGUAGGAUAAUACAUCCUCAAGCUGCUGGACAUUAGUGUUGGGGGUGUAGGAUAAUAAAUCCUCAAGCUGCUGGACAUUAGUGUUGGGGGUGUAGGAUAAUAAAUCCUCAAGCUGCUGGACAUUAGUGUUGGGUGUGUAGGAUAAUAAAUCCUCAAGCUGCUGGACAUUAGUGUUGGGGGUGUAGGAUAAUAAAUCCUCAAGCUGCUGGACAUUAGUGUUGGGUGUGUAGGAUAAUAAAUCCUCAAGCUGCUGGACAUUAGUGUUGGGGGUGUAGGAUAAUAAAUCCUCAAGCUGCUGGACAUUAGUGUCGGGGGUGUAGGAUAAUAAAUCCUCAAGCUGCUGGACAUUAGUGUUGGGUGUGUAGGAUAAUAAAUCCUCAAGCUGCUGGACAUUAGUGUCGGGUGUGUAGGAUAAUACAUCCUCAAGCUGCUGGACAUUAGUGUUGGGGGUGUAGGAUAAUAAAUCCUCAAGCUGCUGGACAUUAGUGUUGGGGGUGUAGGAUAAUAAAUCCUCAAGCUGCUGGACAUUAGUGUUGGGUGUGUAGGAUAAUAAAUCCUCAAGCUGCUGGACAUUAGUGUUGGGGGUGUAGGAUAAUACAUCCUCAAGCUGCUGGACAUUAGUGUUGGGGGUGUAGGAUAAUAAAUCCUCAAGCUGCUGGACAUUAGUGUUGGGGGUGUAGGAUAAUAAAUCCUCAAGCUGCUGGACAUUAGUGUUGGGUGUGUAGGAUAAUAAAUCCUCAAGCUGCUGGACAUUAGUGUUGGGUGUGUAGGAUAAUAAAUCCUCAAGCUGCUGGACAUUAGUGUUGGGUGUGUAGGAUAAUAAAUCCUCAAGCUGCUGGACAUUAGUGUUGGGUGUGUAGGAUAAUAAAUCCUCAAGCUGCUGGACAUUAGUGUUGGGGGUGUAGGAUAAUAGGAUGUAGGAUUUUUUCUCCAAAACAGAGUAAAGACGGCCUCCAGAUCGCUCCUUCUUGAGGACAAAGUAAUGAGGCUGAUGUGCAUCAAGCGGCUCCAAGGAGUUGGACAGUUUUUGACUUCCCGACAGCAGCGGCUCACUUCGAGCAGGCCAAGGUCCACUGCAAACACAAGUAAAUUAGAGGCAAAUGAUUGUGUUGGUCAGGCCCGGUCCUAGCAGUUCUGCUGCCACCUUAGGCAAUAUCAGCAUAUGCCACCCCUGUGUCAUGUAUAGGAUACAGAUUUGGAAUGGAUUGAUAGACUACAGUAAGGAUGUGUACAGGGCUCACAACUAACUUUUUGCCUCACCGUCCCGAAGUGCAGUUUCAACCGUCCCAAAAUUGUAUAUACAGUUUUUUUGUUUUUGUUUUGAUAUGCCAACAUGGGUCUAGGUCAUUUGCAGUGCAUUUAAAGUAAUUGGUGUAUUUCUGAGACAGAUACAGACAUUACAUUAACUUAAUUUGUUAAGAAAAAACCUUUUUGCAUCUUAAUGAAAACAGACUAACAUCCAUUAAAUCAAAUCAAAUGUUAUUUGUCACAUGCACCGAAUACAACAGGUGUGUGUAGACCUUACCGUGAAAAGCUUACUUACAUUAUUAAUAAUUAUAAUGUAUUAAUUGAACAUGUUAACCACAUGUAUACAAUAUAUCUAAGAGAGAACAAUGUUAAUGUGAACUGGUUACUGAAUAAACUGAAGUUAAUGUGCCACAGUCUCCAGAGUGGCGCAGUGGUCUAAGGCACUGCAUCGCAGUGCUAGCUGUGCCACUAGAGAUCCUGGUUCGAAUCCAGGCUCUGUCGUAGCCGGCCGUGACCGGGAGACCCAUGGGGCGGCGCGCAAUUGGCCCAGCGUCGUCCAGGGUAGGGGAGGGAAUGGCCGGCAGGGAUGUAGCUCAAUUGGUAAAGCAUGGCGUUUGCAACGCCAGGGUUGUGGGUUCGAUUCCCACAGGGGGCCAGUAUGAAAAAAUAAUAAUGUAUGCACUCACUAACUGUAAGUCGCUCUGGAUAAGAGCGUCUGCUAAAUGACUAAAAAUGUAAAAAGUUAGAGACAUUCCACCACCAGCUGCCCCAUUAAACAACAUAACACAACAAUAUACAUUACAGAACACGUGUUCCCCAGCCUUCACUUUCUCUGCCUCAGUCGCUGAAGAAUGGUCGCAUUGACCUUUUUGAACAGCUCCCUCAGCCCCGGUUCAGCGGGCUGCAGACAGGCUGGCAGAGAGUCAGAUGUCCAUUCUAAUAGGCCUAUUGGCCCAACAUUGGAAUGAUAUUCUAAUAUUCUACAUUUCCAUAACCUAAUUCCAUAUGCGAAGCCUAGCCAGCCAUGUCAUUGUUUGAAACCUGAAUGUUUUACAUCUUACCUUGCUUUUAAUAGCCUACAGCUAAAGUCCCACCAUAGAAAAAAAGCACAUUCUUUAAGGUUUUUCCUGAUAUUAAAAGCAGCAUUUCUUCUUCUACUGUCCAAAGGUAGUAAGGCACAAUCCUGUUGUUGCAACUUCAGAUAUUCCCUCUUUCUAAGUUUCUACCAUUAGGCUGUAUAUCCAUUUCUGUCGCAUUAUAAAAACCGCUGGCAUCAAGUGCACGUUUGAGAACGGCGUUCUCCCGUAAUAGCAUUUUGAAACAUUCACGCAUAUGGCCGAGACGAGUGAACACAUUGCUGUACUUGUAAUGUGAAUUAUUCAUAGUUUAUCAACUUUGAAGCUAAAUGUUGUGAUCCGUUUCAUCAGCCUCGUCUUUGUGUUUAAACAUUUUAGUAUGGAACCACUGUUAGUAUGGAACCACUGUUGGUAUGGAACCACUGUUGGUAUGGAACCACUGUUGGUAUGGAACCACUGUUGGUAUGGAACCACUGUUGGUAUGGAACCACUGUUGGUAUGGAACCACUGUUGGUAUGGAACCACUGUUAGUAUGGAACCACUGUUGGUAUGGAACCACUGUUAGUAUGGAACCACUGUUGGUAUGGAACCACUGUUAGUAUGGAACCACUGUUGGUAUGGAACCACUGUUGGUAUGGAACCACUGUUGGUAUGGAACCACUGUUGGUAUGGAACCACUGUUAGUAUGGAACCACUGUUAGUAUGGAACCACUGUUAGUAUGGAACCACUGUUAGUAUGGAACCGUAUGGAACCGCUGUUGGUAUGGAACCACUGUUAGUAUGGAACCACUGUUGGUAUGGAACCACUGUUGGUAUGGAACCACUGUUGGUAUGGAACCACUGUUAGUAUGGAACCACUGUUAGUAUGGAACCACUGUUAGUAUGGAACCACUGUUAGUAUGGAACCACUGUUAGUAUGGAACCACUGUUGGUAUGGAACCACUGUUGGUAUGGAACCACUGUUAGUAUGGAACCACUGUUGGUAUGGAACCACUGUUAGUAUGGAACCACUGUUGGUAUGGAACCACUGUUAGUAUGGAACCACUUUUGGUAUGGAACCACUGUUAGUAUGGAACCACUGUUGGUAUGGAACCACUGUUAGUAUGGAACCACUGUUGGUAUGGAACCACUGUUAGUAUGGAACCACUGUUGGUAUGGAACCACUGUUGGUAUGGAACCACUGUUAGUAUGGAACCACUGUUAGUAUGGAACCACUGUUAGUAUGGAACCACUGUUAGUAUGGAACCGCUGUUAGUAUGGAACCGCUGUUGGUAUGGAACCACUGUUAGUAUGGAACCACUGUUGGUAUGGAACCACUGUUGGUAUGGAACCACUGUUGGUAUGGAACCACUGUUGGUAUGGAACCACUGUUGGUAUGGAACCACUGUUGGUAUGGAACCACUGUUGGUAUGGAACCACUGUUGGUAUGGAACCACUGUUGGUAUGGAACCACUGUUGGUAUGGAACCACUGUUAGUAUGGAACCACUGUUAGUAUGGAACCACUGUUGGUAUGGAACCACUGUUGGUAUGGAACCACUGUUAGUAUGGAACCACUGUUGGUAUGGAACCACUGUUAGUAUGGAACCACUGUUGGUAUGGAACCACUGUUAGUAUGGAACCACUGUUAGUAUGGAACCACUGUUGGUAUGGAACCACUGUUAGUAUGGAACCGCUGUUGGUAUGGAACCACUGUUAGUAUGGAACCACUGUUGGUAUGGAACCACUGUUAGUAUGGAACCACUGUUAGUAUGGAACCACUGUUAGUAUGGAACCACUGUUGGUAUGGAACCACUGUUAGUAUGGAACCACUGUUGGUAUGGAACCACUGUUAGUAUGGAACCACUGUUGGUAUGGAACCACUGUUAGUAUGGAACCGCUGUUAGUAUGGAACCACUGUUGGUAUGGAACCACUGUUGGUAUGGAACCACUGUUGGUAUGGAACCACUGUUGGUAUGGAACCACUGUUAGUAUGGAACCACUGUUGGUAUGGAACCACUGUUAGUAUGGAACCACUGUUGGUAUGGAACCACUGUUAGUAUGGAACCACUGUUGGUAUGGAACCACUGUUAGUAUGGAACCACUGUUGGUAUGGAACCACUGUUGGUAUGGAACCACUGUUGGUAUGGAACCACUGUUGGUAUGGAACCACUGUUAGUAUGGAACCACUGUAUUUCCACAUAAUUCCUGUCCUAUAGUGGAAAUUCUCGUUUAGGUUCCACCUCCAAAGAAUGAAGUAGGCUGCUAAUACAGAUUCAGGAAUUGGGGGCGGGAACGUUGGGGGUGGGAACGUUGGGGGUGGGAACGUUGGGGGCGGGAACGUUGUGGUGAUUUCCACAUGGAGUGGAUGAAUUACAACAAGUAGGGCACUGACAGCUGGCUAGCAUGCUAACCUUAUCCAGCUGUCAGUGUAGAUGGCUAGCAUGCUAACCUUACCCAGCUGUCAGUGUAGAUGGCUAGCAUGCUAACCUUAUCCAGCUGUCAGUGUAGAUGGCUAGCAUGCUAACCUUACCCAGCUGUCAGUGUAGAUGGCUAGCAUGCUAACCUUACCCAGCUGUCAGUGUAGAUGGCUAGCAUGCUAACCUUAUCCAGCUGUCAGUGUAGAUGGCUAGCAUGCUAACCUUAUCCAGCUGUCAGUGUAGAUGGCUAGCAUGCUAACCAUCUUGUGGGUGUUUUAAAUAGGUUCAUUAACAUAUGUUUUAUGUAUCUCAGGUCUGCAAAGCAGGAUGUUGAUGAUGAGUACACGGUGCCAGAGACUGAACUGACCAUCUUCCAGCAGUCGUACUAUGGAGUGGCUCACGCCAUCAUUGAGAGGGUCGACAAACAGUCUUCGCUGCUCAUCAACGGCAUGCUCAAACACUACCAGGUAAAACUAGCUCAAACACGACCAGGUAAAAGUAACUCAAACACUACUGGGUAAAUCUAGCUCAAACACGACCAGGUAAAAGUAACUCAAACACUACCAGGUAAAACUAGCUCAAACACUACCAGGUAAAACUAGCUCAAACACUACCAGGUAAAAGUAACUCAAACACUACCAGGUAAAAGUAACUCAAACACUACCAGGUAAAAAUCUGUCCUGUAUAGUACUGAUCAUGACCGAGAACCUAACCCACAACAAAACAACACGGCUAUUUCCCUGUUCCUCCUCAGGUCCAUGGGCUGCAGUGGAAUUUUGUUUGUGUGUGGUGUGGGUCGAAUUACUUGUUCCCUUCUCCUCUGUGUGUUUCAGGUGCAGGGUCUGGAGUGGAGGGAGUGUUAACUUCUUCUCCUCUGUGUGUUUCAGGUGCAGGGUCUGGAGUGGAUGGUGUCUCUGUACAACAAUAAUCUGAAUGGUAUCCUGGCUGAUGAGAUGGGGCUGGGAAAGACCAUCCAGACCAUCGCCCUCAUUACAUACCUCAUGGAACACAAGAGACUCAACGGACCCUACCUCAUCAUCGUUCCACUAUCGUAUGUUACCUCCCUUUUAUAACCCUGACCACUGACCCCUGACCCUACCUCAUCAUCGUUCCACUAUCGUAUGUUACCUCCCUAUUAUAACCCUGACCACUGACCCCUGACCCUACCUCAUCAUCGUUCCACUAUCGUAUGUUACCUCCCUAUUAUAACCCUGACCACUGACCCCUGACCCUACCUCAUCAUCGUUCCACUAUCGUAUGUUACCUCCCUAUUAUAACCCUGACCACUGACCCCUGACCCUACCUCAUCAUCGUUCCACUAUCGUAUGUUACCUCCCUAUUAUAACCCUGACCACUGACCCCUGACCCUACCUCAUCAUCGUUCCACUAUCGUAUGUUACCUCCCUAUUAUAACCCUGACCCCUGACCCUACCUCAUCAUCGUUCCACUAUCGUAUGUUACCUCCCUAUUAUAACCCUGACCACUGACCCCUGCUGAGAUCUCACUAGCUGUGGUUGCUGACUCGUAUAUGGUUGAAUCAUCAGCAUACAUGGACACACAGGCUUUGUUUAAUGCCAGUGGCAGGUCAUUGGUAAAAAUAGAAAAGAGUAGAGGGCCUAGAGAGCUGCCCUGCGGUCCACCUCACUUUACAUGUUUGAAGCUUCUAUUAAAGAAAACCCUCUGAGUUCUAUUAGAUAGAUAGCUCUGAAUCCACGAUAUGGCAGAAGUUGAAAAGCCAUAACACACGUUUUCUCAACAACAGGUUAUGGUCAAUAAUAUCAAAGGCUGCACUGAAAUCUAACAGUACAGCUCCCACAAUCAUCUUAUUAUAAAUUUCUUUCAACCAAUCAUCAGUCAUUUGUGUCAGUGCAGUACAUGCUGACUGCCCUUCUCUAUAAGCAUGCUGAAAGUCUGCUGUUAAUUUGUUUACAGAGAAAUAUCAUUAUAUCUGGUCAAACAAUCCAAAAGUUUGCUAAGAAUCGGCAGCAAGCUGAUUGUUCGGAUGUUAGAACCAUUAAAGGGUGCUUUACCAUUCUUGGGUAGAGGAAUGACUUUGGCUUCCCUCCAGGCCUGAGGACAAACAUGUUUCUCCAGAAUCAGAUUAAAGAUAUGACAGAUAGGAGUGGCUAUAGAGUCAGCUACCAUCCUCAGUAGCUUUCCAUCUAAGUUGUCAAUGCCAGGAGGUUUCUCAUUAUUGAUCAGCUACCAUCCUCUGUAGUUUCCAUCUAAGUUGUCAAUGCCAGGAGGUUUCUCAUUAUUGAUGGACAACAAUAUUUUUUCAACCUCACCCACAUUAACUUGACAUAAUUCUAAAUUACAAUGAUUUUAUUUCAUUAUUAGGUAUUUUAUGCAUUAAUAUGAUGACUCACAGCUUGUUGUUGGCACUUCAUGCCUGAGUUUGCCCACUUUGCCAAUUAAUAGUCAUUCAAGUAAUUGUCAACCUCAAAAGGUUUUGUUAUAAAUGAGCCAUCUGAUUCAAUCACAGAUGAAGUUCAAUUAGUCUUUCUGCCCAUAAUUUCAUUCACUCAGUACUUUGUUGAAGCACCUUUGGCAGCGAUUACAGCAUUGAGUGUUCUUGGGUAUGAUGCUACAAGCUUGGCACACCUGUAUUUGGGGAGUUUCUCCCUUUCUUCUCUGCAGAUCCUCUCAAGCUCUGUCAGGUUGGAUGGGGAGCGUCGCUGCACAGCUAUUUUCAGGUCUCUUCAGAGAUAUUCGAUCGGGUUGAAGUCUGGGCUCUGGCUGGGCCACGCAAGGACAUUCAAAGACUUGUCCCAAAGUCACUCCUGCGUUGUCUUGGCUGUGUGCUUAGGGUCGUUGUCCUGUUGGAAGGUGACCAUCGGGUUCUUGGUCACCUCCCUGACCAAGGCUUUCUCCCCCGAUUUCUCAGUUUGGCCGGGCGGCCAGCUCUAGGAAGAGUCUUGGUGGAUCCAAACUUCUUCCAUUUAAGAAUGAUGGAGGCCACUGUGUUCUUGGGGACCUUCAAUGCUGCAGACAUUUGUUGGUAGCCUUCCCCAGAUCUGUGCCUCGACACAAUCCUGUCUCAGAGCUCUACGGACAAUUCCUUUGACCUCAUGGCUUGGUUUUUGCUCUGACAUACACUGUCAACUGUGGGACCUUAUAUAGACAGGUGUGUACCUUUCCAAAUCAUGUCCAAUCAAUUGAAUUUACCACAGGAGGACUCCAAUCAAGUUCAAUGGAAUUUGAUGCACCUGAGCUCAAUUUCGAGUCUCAUAACAAAGGGUCUGAAUACUUAAUUAAAUAAGGUAUUUUUGGUUUUUCUACAAACCUGUUUUCGCUUUGUCAUUAUGGGGUAUUGUGUGUAGAUUGCAUAGGAUUUUUAUUUAUUUAAUCAUUUUCGAAUAAGGCUGUAAAGUAUCAAAGUGGAUAAAGUCAAGGGGUCUGAAUACUUUCCGAAGGCGCUAUAGUCAUGUACUGUUUAUAAACACCCUGGUAGGUUGAUUAAUAACCUGAACCAGAUUACAGGCACUGGUUACAGUGAGCAGCUUCCUCUUGAGUGUACAGCUUGAUGAAAACCAGUCUAUAUUCAGGUCACCCAGAAAAUAAACCUUUCUGCUAACAUCACACACAUUAUCAAGCAUUGCACACAUAUUAUCCAGAUACUGACUGUUACCGCUUGGUGGCCCUAUAGCAGCGCCCCAAAAGAAGAAGCUUUAAAUGAGGCAGGUGAACCUGCAGCUACAGGAAUAUGUCUCUGAACAUAUACAGCAGCACCUCCCCAAUAGGCAUGUAUGUUCCUUCUGUAGAUGUUAUAUCCUUGUAUUGCUACUGCUGUAUCAUCAACGGAAUUAUCUAACUGAGUCUCAGAAAUGGCUAAUAUACAGUGGGGGAAAAAAGUAUUUAGUCAGCCACCAAUUGUGCAAGUUCUCCCACUUAAAAAGAUGAGAGAGGCCUGUAAUUUUCAUCAUAGGUACACGUCAACUAUGACAGACAAAAUGAGAAGAAAAAAAUCCAGAAAAUCACAUUGUAGGAUUUUCUAUGAAUUUAUUUGCAAAUUAUGGUGGAAAAUAAGUAUUCUUCAGUUCACUGUGUUGUGUUGUGGUGUGGUGUGGUGUGGUGUGAGGAGAAUGUUGAUUAUGUAGAGUAGUGUGAUGUGUUUCUAACAUCCCAGCCUUAAUCGUUCCUACUAUGAUAUAUUCUUCUCUGAUCUCUCUGUCCUCCAGGACUCUGUCCAACUGGGUCUAUGAGCUGGAUAAAUGGUCUCCGUCCGUUGUGAAGAUUGCCUACAAGGUGAGAGACAUCAUAUUCAUCAGUCCUUUCUUCUUCCACUCCACAGGUAGCGUUCUGCAGCGUCCCAAAAAUAUCUCCCUUCUGCUCAAGUGUGCACUCGUUCAUUAGUUCCCACAAAUCUAAAUGCACUGGAUUGGUGAAGGCAAUGGCUUUCCUUUCAAAUCAGUGAACACUGCAGACUGGGAGGAAGGAAGGAUAAUUGGGACAUAACCUCUGUCUUCUGUCUGUCUGACUCUGCUGUGUGUCUGUGUUACAGGGGACCCCUGCUAUGAGACGAGGCCUGGUGGCUCAGCUCCGCAGCGGGAAGUUCAACGUCCUUCUCACCACCUACGAGUACAUCAUUAAGGACAAACAGAUCCUGGCCAAGGUAGAACGGAAAUAUCCUUUCUUUCUCUCCCUCUUACCCCUCUGCGUCCUUCACUCUCAUCUUACCCCCUCCUCUAUCCCAGAGAUACUGUCCUCCUCUCUUUCCCUCUCCUUCUCUGCCCCUCUCCCCCUUCUCCUCUGCCCCUCUGCCCCUCUCCCCCUUCUCCUCUGCCCCUCUGCCCCUCUCCCCCUUCUCUGCCCCUCUCCCCCCUCUCCUCUCCUCCCUAACCCUCUACAUGUGGCUCCACAGGAGGGUCAGGUGCUUAGCCCAAAGCCACUGAUGCACUAAAACCCACUUUACCUUCUAUCCCCCCACACCUUCUAUACACACACACCAUCCCCCCUUCCCAGAUCCGUUGGAAGUACAUGAUAGUUGACGAGGGUCACCGUAUGAAGAACCACCACUGCAAGCUGACCCAGGUGUUGAACACCCACUAUGUGGCCCCACGGCGCCUCCUCUUGACGGGUACGCCACUGCAGAACAAGCUGCCGGAGCUCUGGGCCCUGCUCAACUUCCUGCUGCCUACCAUCUUCAAGUCCUGCAACACCUUCGAACAGUGGUUCAACGCCCCCUUCGCCAUGACCGGGGAGAGGGUGAGUGUCAAAUGCAUAUCUACUUUACAAGGUAAAGUUAGGUGACAAACACAGUCCAAAACAUACAUAAAAUGCAUCAAUAACCUAGCAAAGGUAGGUGUAAGCCUGCAUUACCAAUGUUUCUAAAUCUCUAUAAAUGAAAGAUUUGAAUUCAAUGACAGAAAGGUGCAGACUGCAGCGAUCACCAUGUGAAUAACUAUAGAUAAUAAUAUGGCAGUACAGUAGAUGGUGGAACGUUCUAACUGCAGAGAGAGUUGUUCUGAUUCAUCUUCCUGUGAAAUACAACUUUUACUAUGAUGAAACCUAUCUGCAUUCAUCGUUUCUCUACGCUCCUCUUGUGAAAUAAUAUGUAAUAUGCGCCACUGUGAAAUGUAUCUCUUAUGUUUUCAAGAGGGAACUUCUGCCCAGCUUUGAAACGGCAAUAAUUAAAUAAAUGGAACUGAAAGUGGUGAAAAGAUUUGGAGAUGAGAGAUACUAACCACAAAUCAGCACUUUGGGCCAUAUUCAGUCACACGGGCCUGUGGUAACCUUUGACCUGGGCCAUAUUCAGUCAGACGGGCCUGUGGUAACCUUUGACCUGGGCCAUAUUCAGUCAGACGGGCCUGUGGUAACCUUUGUCCUUGACCACACAACAGUUCAUCAACCCUAGAAUAACUACAUGAGUAAUUACAGUAGUAACUAGCUUGUUAGUAGAUUAAGUUAAUGGAUGAUCCUGAUUGGUCCCCAGGUGGACUUGAAUGAGGAAGAGACCAUCCUGAUUAUCCGCCGUCUCCACAAGGUGCUCCGCCCCUUCCUGCUGAGACGACUCAAGAAGGAGGUGGAGUCCCAGCUUCCAGAGAAGGUGAGAGGGCUUAUAUUAUACUAUAGAUACUUUACAGUAUGUAAACCACAGAUACUUGAUACUGGAUGAUACUUGAUGUAUACAAACCACAUACAGUUGAAUUUGGAAGUUUACAUACACUUUAAAACUCGUUUUUCAACCUCUCCACAAAUUUCUUGUUAACAAACUAUAGUUUUGGCAAGUCGGUUAGGACAUCUACUUUGUGCAUGACACAAGUAAUUUUUCCAACAAUUGUUUACAGAAAGAUUAUUUGACUUAUAAUUCACUGUAUCACAAUUCCAGUGGGUCAGAAGUUUACAUACACUAAGUUGACUAUGCCUUUAAACAGCUUGGAAAAUUCCAGAAAAUGAUGUCAUGGCUUUAGAAGCUUCUGAUAGGCUAAUUGACAUCAUUUGAGUCAAUUGGAGGUGUACCUGUGGAUGUAUUUCAAGGCCUACCUUCAAACUCAGUGCCUCUUUGCUUGACAUCAUGGGAAAAUCAAAAGAAAUCAGCCAAGACCUCAGAAAAUAAAUUGUAGACCUCCACAAGUCUGGUUCAUCCUUGGGAGUAAUUUCCAAACGCCUGAAGGUACCACGUUCAUCUGUACAAACAAUAGUAUGCAAGUAUAAACACCAUGGGACCACGCAGCCGUCAUACCGCUCAGGAAGGAGACGCGUUCUGUCUCCUAGAGAUGAACGUACUUUGGUGCGAAAAGUGCAAAUCAAUCACACAACAACAGCAAAGGACCUUGUGAAGAUGCUGGAGGAAACAAGGUACAAAAGUAUCUAUAUCCACAGUAAAACGAGUCCUAUAUCGACAUAACCUGAAAGGCCGCUCAGCAAGGAAGAAACCACUGCUCCAAAACCGCCAUAAAAAAGGCAGACUACGGUUUGCAACUGCACAUGGGGACAAAGAUUGUACUUUUCGGAAAAAUGUCCUCUGGUCUGAUGAAGCAAAAAUAGAACUGUUUGGCCAUGAUGACCAUCGUUAUGUUUGGAGGAAAAAGGGGGGGCUUGCAAGCCGAAGAACACCAUCCCAACCGUGAAGCACGGGGGGUGGCAGCAUCAUGCUGUGGGGGUGCUUUGCUGCAGGAGGGACUGGUGCACUUCAGAAAAUAGAUGGCAUCAUGAGGAAGGAAAAUGAUGUGGAUAUAUUGAAGCAACAUCUCAAGACAUCAGUCAGGAAGUUAAAGCUUGGUCGCAAAUGGCCCCAAGCAUACUUCCAAAGUUGUGGUAAAUGGAUUAAGGACAACAAAGUCAAGGUAUUGGAGUGGCCAUCCCAAAGCCCUGACCUCAAUCCUAUAGAACAUUUGUGGGCAGAACUGAAAAAGCGUGUGCGAGCAAGGAGGCCUACAAACCUGACUCAGUUACACCAGCUCUGUCAGGAGGAAUGGGCCAAAAUUCACCCAACUUAUUGUGAGAAGCUUGUUGAAGGCCACCCGAAACGUUUGACCCAAGUUAAUCAAUUUAAAGGCAAUGCUACCGAAUACUAAUUGAGUGUAUGUAAACUUCUGACCCACUGGGAAUGUGAUGAAAGAAAUAAAAAUGAAAUAAAUCAUUCUCUCUACUAUUAUUCUGACAUUUCACAUUCUUAAAAUAAAGUGGUGAUCCUAACUGACCUAAGACAGGGAAUUUUUACUAGGAUUGAAUGUCAGGAAUUGUGAAAAACGUAGUUGUAUUUGGCUGAGGUGUAUGUACACUUCCGGCUUCAGCAGUAGACUUGAUAUUUUAGGUGGAGUAUGUCAUCAAGUGUGACAUGUCGGCCAUCCAGAGGGUUCUGUACCGCCACAUGCAGGGCAGAGGAAUCCUCCUCACUGACGGAUCUGAGAAAGACAAGAAGGUAGGAAGCAGAGAAACUCACAACUAAUCUUUCUAACUAUUGACCCUGAUCAAGCAUCAGAUAUGUAACAUUGUUAUUGUGUUCCUCAGGGUAAAGGAGGAGCGAAGACCCUGAUGAACACCAUCAUGCAGCUGAAGAAGAUCUGCAACCACCCCUACAUGUUCCCACACAUUGAGGUAUGUUAGUUCUAGAACCACCCCUACAUGUUCCCACACAUUGAGGUAUGUUAGUUCUAGAACCACCCCUACAUGUUCCCACACAUUGAGGUAUGUUAGUUCUAGAACCACCCCUACAUGUUCCAACACAUUGAGGUAUGUUACAUGCUGCAACACAUUGAGGUAUGUUAGUUCUAGAACCACCCCUACAUGUUCCAACACAUUGAGGUAUGUUACAUGCUGCAACACAUUGAGGUAUGUUAGUUCUAGAACCAUCCCUACAUGUUCCAACACAUUGAGGUAUGUUACAUGCUGCAACACAUUGAGGUAUGUUAGUUCUAGAACCACCCCUACAUGUUCCAACACAUUGAGGUAUGUUACAUGCUGCAACACAUUGAGGUAUGUUAGUUCUAGAACCACCCCUACAUGUUCCAACACAUUGAGGUAUGUUACAUGCUGCAACACAUUGAGGUAUGUUAGUUCUAGAACCAUCCCUACAUGUUCCAACAUAUUGAGGUAUGUUACAUGCUGCAACACAUUGAGGUAUGUUAGUUCUAGAACCACCCCUACAUGUUCCCACACAUUGAGGUAUGUUAGUUCUAGAACCACCCCUACAUGUUCCCACACAUUGAGGUAUGUUACAUGCUGCAACACAUUGAGGUAUGUUAGUUCUAGAACCACCCCUACAUGUUCCCACACAUUGAGGUAUGUUACAUGCUGCAACACGUUGAGGUAUGUUAGUUCUAGAACCACCCCUACAUGUUCCAACACAUUGAGGUAUGUUACAUGCUGCAACACAUUGAGGUAUGUUAGUUCUAGAACCACCCCUACAUGUUCCAACACAUUGAGGUAUGUUAGAUCUAGAACCACCCCUACAUGUUCCAUCACAUUGAGGUGUGUUAGUUCUAGAACCACCCCUACAUGUUCCAUCACAUUGAGGUAAGUUACAUGCUGCAACACAUUGAUGUGUGUUAGUUCUCUAACCCCCCCUACAUGUUCCAACACAUUGAGGUAUGUUAGUUCUAGAACCACCCCUACGUGUUCCAACACAUUGAGGUAUGUUAGUUCUAGAACCACACCUACAUGUUCCAACACAUUGAGCUAUGUUAGUUCUAGAACCACCCCUACACGUUCCAACACAUUGAGGUGUGUUAGUUCUAGAACCACCCCUACAUGUUCCAACACAUUGAGGUAUGUUAGUUCUAGAACCACCCCUAGAUGUUCCAACACAUUGAGGUGUGUUAGUUCUAGAACCACCCCUACAUGUUCCAACACAUUGAGGUAUGUUAGUUCUAGAACCACCCCUACAUGUUCCAACACAUUGAGGUAUGUUAGUUCUAGAACCACCCCUAGAUGUUCCAGCACAUUGAAGUGUGUUAGUUCUAGAACCACCCCUACAUGUUCCAACACAUUGAGAUAUGUUAGUUCUUGAAUCCCCCUAGAUGUUCCAACACAUUGAGGUAUGUUAGUUCUAGAACCACCCCUAAAUGUUCCAACACAUUGAGGUAUGUUAGUUCUAGAACCACCCCUACAUGUUCCAACACAUUGAGGUGUGUUAGUUCUAGAACCACCCCUACAUGUUUCAACACAUUGAGGUAUGUUAGUUCUAGAACCACCCCUACAUGUUCCAACACAUUGAGGUAUGUUAGAUCUAGAACAACCACUACAUGUUCCAACACAUUGAGGUAUGUUAGAUCUAGAACCACCCCUACAUGUUCCAACACAUUGAGUGACGUUACAUGUUCCAACACAUUGAGGUAUUUUAGAUCUAUAACCAUCCCUACAUGUUCCAACACAUUGAGGUAAGUUAGUUCUAGAACCACCCCUACAUAUUCCAUCACAUUGAGGUAAGUUACAUGCUGCAACACAUUGAGGUAUGUUAGUUCUAGAACCACCCCUAGAUGUUCCAACACAUUGAGGUAUGUUAGUUCUAGAACCACCCCUAGAUGUUCCAACACAUUGAGGUAAGUUAGUUCUAGAACCACCCCUACAUGUUCCAUCACCUUGAGGUAAGUUACAUGCUGCAACACACUGAGGUAUGUUAGUUCUAGAACCACCCCUACAUGUCCCAACACAUUGAGGUAUGUUAGUUCUAGAACCACCCCUAGAUGUUCCAACACAUUGAGGUAAGUUAGUUCUAGAACCACCCCUACAUGUUCCAUCACAUUGAGGUAAGUUACAUGCUGCAACACACUGAGGUAUGUUAGUUCUAGAACCACCCCUAGAUGUUCCAACACAUUGAGGUAUGUUAGUUCUAGAACCACCCCUAGAUGUUCCGACACAUUGAGGUAUGUUAGUUCUAGAACCACCCCUACAUGUUCCAACACAUUGAGGUAUGUUAGUUCUAGAACCACCCCUACAUGUUCCAACACAUUGAGGUAUGUUAGUUCUAGAACCACCCCUACAUGUUCCCACACAUUGAGGUAUGUUAGCUUAGAGUUAGAUCUUCCCCUACAUGCAAUAACACCUCUAAUUCAAGUUACCAACUAAUCAGUCUUCUGCUGUGUCUAGACAUGACAGUUACUGCGGUUUUUGUAUUCUGAUCAUGGAGUUCUGGUCAUGGAAUCCACAUUGUCCACAUUGUGUCCGGAUUCCCUGGCAUAUACAUACUGCAAGCUGUUGAAAACACAACAACAACUUCAUGGCAGUAGCUAUCUACUGUAGCUAACUAGCCAGCUAACUACUGUAACUAACUAGCCAGCUAUCUACUGUAGCUAACUAGCCAGCUAACAUAUGUAGCUAGCCAGCAAGCUAACUACUGUAACUAACUAGCCAGCUAUCUACUGUAGCUAACUAGCCAGCUAACAUAUGUAGCUAGCCAGCAAGCUAACUACUGUAACUAACUAGCCAGCUAUCUACUGUAGCUAACUAGCCAGCUAACAUAUGUAGCUAGCCAGCAAGCUAGCAUACAAAGCUAAAGGGAUUGCAAACAGGUUACCAUAACUCUACGUUUUACUAGAAGAGUUUAGCAACAUUUUAAUUGGUCCCAGACUGCAUGCAAAUGUUUUGUUUGUGUCUGUUUCAAUUCACACAACUCACUGUACAAGUUUUACUUAGUGAAGUCAGGAUGUGUUAGCUGAUAACUAUGUAGAUGUGCCAACUAAUCACAAACUCUUAAGAUUCUGAUUUUCCACUAUCUGCCUUGUCUCACAGGAGUCCUUUGCUGAGCACUUAGGCUUCCCGAACGGAGUUAUCAGCGGGUAAGAUGUUAAGAUACUCAACGCUGUUCAGUUAUUAAACAAAACAUGAAUUUCCUUCAAAAGACUUUCCCCUCUGGGACCAUAAGGUUAUUUGUUUUUCUUCUCCUCCUCCCCAGACACGAGCUGUACCGUGCAUCGGGGAAGUUUGAGCUGCUGGACCGGAUCCUACCCAAGCUACACGUCACCAACCACAGAGUUCUGCUGUUCUGUCAGAUGACAUCACUCAUGACCAUCAUGGAGGACUACUUCGCCUACCGCAAUUUCCUCUACUUGCGCCUGGACGGUAUGUAUCCCUGACCCUAAACUUUAACCCUACCUCAACUUCUACUACCUGCGCCUCGAUGGUAUGACAAUGUCUUAACUUUAACCUAAUCCAACUGCAGCCUCCCUUACCUGCGCCUCAACAAUGUUUUCAUCUGUUUUCAUCAGUUUAUGACAGGUGUAUUGAAGUACAGUGCUUGUGGUAUGCGUUGCUGUGUGUUGUAGGCACCACCAAGUCUGAGGACCGUGCAGCGCUGCUGAAGAAGUUCAAUGAGAAAGGUUCCCAGUACUUUGUGUUCCUACUGAGUACCAGAGCCGGGGGACUGGGCCUCAACCUGCAGGCUGCGGACACUGUGGUCAUCUUCGACUCUGACUGGAACCCUCACCAGGUACACAAACACACACACACACACGCACACACACACACACACACACACACACACACACACACACACACACACACACACACACACACACACACACACACACACACACACACACACACACAUUCUAGUUAACCCUGGCUAACCCUGUUGUUUCUCUGUUCUGAUUGGCUCCCAGGACCUCCAGGCCCAGGACAGGGCUCAUCGUAUUGGUCAGAAGAAUGAGGUGCGUGUUCUGCGUCUGUGUACGGUCAACAGUGUGGAGGAGAAGAUCCUAGCGGCUGCUAAGUACAAACUGAACGUGGACCAGAAGGUGAUUCAGGCUGGCAUGUUUGACCAGAAGUCGUCCAGCCACGAGAGGAGAGCCUUUCUACAGGCCAUACUGGAGACAGAGGAGCAGAAUGAGGUUGGUCACGGUGGCGUGGGGAUAAAGAUUAAAUGCAGUUCCUUGCAGGUAUGUUGGAGAUGUUCACACACACACCUUGAUCCAUCUAACACAACUGAUCUAGAGGGUUGAUCCAUCUAACACAACUGAUCUAGAGGGUUGAUCCAUGUAACACAACUGAUCUAGAGGGUUGAUCCAUCUAACACAACUGAUCUAGAGGGUUGAUCCAUGUAACACAACUGAUCUAGAGGGUUGAUCCAUGUAACACAACUGGUCUAGAGGGUUGAUCCAUGUAACCCAGAACUGGUCUAGUGAGGAACAUAAAACCAUAGUGCCCAGAUACAAAAAACGAUUCAACCAUGCUAAAACUCACUUAGCCUCAUUCAAGAAUGCUAAAACUCACUUAGCCUCAUUCAAGAAUGCUAAAACUCACUUAGCCUCAUUCAAGAAUGCUAAAACUCACUUAGCCUCAUUCAAACAUGCUAAAUCUCACUUAGCCUCAUUCAAGAAUGCUAAAACUCACUUAGCCUCAUUCAAACAUGCUAAAUCUCACUUAGCCUCAUUCAAACAUGCUAAAACUCACUUAGCCUCAUUCAACCAUGCUAAAACUCACUUAGCCUCAUUCAAGAAUGCUAAAACUCACUUAGCCUUAUUCAAACAUGCUAAAUCUCACUUAGCCUCAUUCAAACAUGCUAAAACUCACUUAGCCUCAUUUAACCAUGCUAAAACUCACUUGCCUUGUUCAAGAAUGCUAAAACUCACUUAGCCUCAUUCAACCAUGCUGAAACUCACUUAGGCUCAAUCAACAGUGCUAAAACUCACUUAGCCUCAGUCAACCAUGCUAAAGCUCACUUAGCCUCGUUCAACCAUGCUAAAGCUCACUUAGCCUCGUUCAACCAUGCUAAAACUCACUUAGCCUCAGUCAACCAUGCUAAAACUCACUUAGCCUCAGUCAACCAUGCUAAAGCUCACUUAGCCUCGUUCAACCAUGCUAAAACUCACUUAGCCUCGUUCAACCAUGCUAAAACUCACUGACAGAAUACGGAAAACAUAGUUGACAUGAAACCAGUUGGUCAGUACUGAGGCCAUUCCAAAGCACACAGAAUGCAUACCAUACCGUACCAUGCUAUACUAUAUGCAUCUACAAUGUGCAGCUUAUUCAUUAUCCAUUUCUUAUCCUCAACAUGGUAGAAGCUUAAACACAACCACCUUAUAAUGUGAAUGUUUCCUGUGUUCUUGUGUUUUUCCUUCUAAAUGAAGGAGGAAGAGAAAAGUCAGGUGGCUAUGGUAAUUAACAACUAUUAUUAUUAUAAUAUUGUGGCUAUGGUAAUUAACAACUCUUAUUAUUAUUAUUAUUAUUAUUAUUAUUAUUAUUAUUAUUAUUAUAAUAUUGUGGCUAUGGUAAUGAACAACUAUUAUUAGUAUCAUUACAUAUUGUGGCUAUGCUAAUUUCAACUAUUUCAACUAUUAUCAUCAUGUUAUCAUCAUAUUGUGGCUAUGGUAAUUAACAACUAUUAUUAUUAUUAUAUUGUGGCUAUGGUAAUUAACAACUAUUAUUAUUAUUAUAUUGUGGCUAUGGUAAUUAACAACCAUUAUUAUUAUCAUACUGUGGCUAUGGUAAUUAACAACUGUCCAGCAUGCAAUACAAUACAGGGCCAGCAUACAAUACAGGCAUACAAUACAAUACAAUACAAUACAGGUAUACAAAACACUACAGGCACAGCAUGCAAUACAAUACAAGGCAAUACACUCAUAUAUACAUUUUACAUUUACAUUUUAGUCAUUUAGCAGACGCUCUUAUCCAGAGCGACUUACAGGAGCAAUUAGGGUUAAGUGCCUUGCUCAAGGGCACAUUUACGUCAUUUAGCAGACGCUCUUAUCCAGAGCGACUCACCAAUUGGUGCGUUCACCCUAUAGCCAGUGGGAUAACCACUUUACAAUUUUGGGGGGGGGGGGGGGGGGGGGGGGGGGGGGGGGGGGGGGGGGUUAGAAGGAUAACUUUAUCCUAUCCCACAAUCACUCUAAGCUACUGUAUUUUCAAAAGUUGGCAUUGUAAAUAGCAUAUUAGUAGGUGGGUGUUCAAAACAUACGGUUUAGAAUAUUAAAACAAACGCGUCCGCUAAGUGUUCAUUCACAGCAGGGUUUUGCGCGAAAGGAAAAAGGAACGCUCAUUUGUGGACGGGGAUAGGAGUCGUCUUUCUCCGCCAUUUUGUGACAACAAGAAGCGGAAAACAUAGCUAGCAAAGAACUGGCUACAGAGCUCAGAAUGACGAAUGAGGAACCCCUUCCAAAGAAGGUUCGCCUCAGUGAAUCUGACAUGAAGACCCUGACCCGAGAGGAACUGUGUGUGAGGUGGAAACAACAUGAAACCUAUGUCCAGGUCCUGGAAGCUGUCCAGUCCAAAAUAUGCUGAUCUGAAUUGGAACAAUGUGACGGGGCUGAAGGAGUCUGAGGAGAAGCUGAAGCUGCAGCAGGGGGAACAUCCUGGUCAUGCGGCUCGCCACCAAGGAGCAGGAAAUGUAAGAGUGUACAACCCAGAUCCAGUACCUCAAGCAAGUCCAACAGCCCAGUGCAGCAGCCAAGUCCAGCAGCCCAGUGCAGCUGGGUCGUCCAUGGUAGACCCGGCCAUAAACUUAUUUUUCCUCAAAAUGAAGGGCGAACUGGAACAGACUAAAGACAAACUGGAGCAGGCCCAAAAUGAACUGAGUGCCUGGAAAUUUACACCAGAUAGCCAGACGGGGAAGAAGCUCAUGGCCAAGUGCGGGAUGCUGAUCCAGGAGAACCAGGAGCUGGGGAGGCAGCUGUCCCAAGGCCAUUUAUCACCCAGCUGGAGGCAGAGGAAGUACAGUGAGAAGCUGAAGAGCAGCCAGGAUGAGUUGAACGAUUUCAUCAUCCAGCUGGAUGAGGAGGUGGAGGGCAUGAAGAGCACCAUCCUGGUCCUCCAGCAGCAGCUCAGGGAGACCCGUCUGCAGCUCUCCCAGAACCCAGCUCAGGGAGACCCGUCUGCAGCUCUCCCAGAACCCAGCUCAGGGAGACCCGUCUGCAGCUCUCCCAGAACCCAGCUCAGGGAGAUCCGUCUGCAGCUCUCCCAGAACCCAGCUCAGGGAGACCCGUCUGCAGCUCUCCCAGAACCCAGCUCAGGGAGACCCGUCUGCAGCUCUCCCAGAACCCAGCUCAGGGAGAUCCGUCUGCAGCUCUCCCAGAACCCAGCUCAGGGAGACCCGUCUGCAGCUCUCCCAGAACCCAGCUCAGGGAGACCCGUCUGCAGCUCUCCCAGAACCCAGCUCAGGCUGCCUCUGUUGGGGCAGGGCCCAGCAGGACUUCACCCUCCAGCUGCUCUGCCGAGCCCCCCAGCCAGGCCGAGCAGACCUUCACCCCCUCCUCCGCCCAGCCAGGGAAAGACUGCGAGAGGGUCUCCAACGGACCUAGCAACGGUAGCUCGUCCUCCCAGAGAGGUGCAGCGGCCACCCCCAGCCUGUACCGUGAGGUCAGCAGCACAGAGGAAGACUUUCCUCCGUCUCCCAUGGUCUCCAGCCCCGGCGAGGGCGAGACUAAACUCUCCAACCACUCAGAGGCAGCGGGGGACCAGACUAGUGACGGUGCAGGGGGUUUUGGGAGCCAGCUGAGCACAGGGUACGAGAGCGUGGACUCCCCAACUGGCAGUGAGACGUCCCUGACGCAGCACUCGAAUGACACAGACUCCAACACCGACCCCCAUGAGGAAAAGGCAGUCCCGGUCGUCAAGUUUUAUAUGUACUUUAUAAUAACACGUAUGUCUGUCUUUUUAUACGAGACCCAAACAAAAACAAUGAACACAUAGUCGGUAACAGUACUGAGCCCUAGGACCAUACGUCGGGACUACCGGCCGUGGUGACUCCUUGCUAUCCCCAGUCCGCCUGGCCUUGCUGCUAUUCCAGUUUAAACUGUUCUGCCUGCGGUUAUGGAACCCCUACCUGUCCCAGACCUGCUGUUUUCAACUCUUAAUGAUCGGCUAUGAAAAGCCAACUGAGAUUUAUUCCUGAUUAUUAUUUGACCAUGCUUGUCACUUAUGAACAUUUUUGAACAUCUUGGCAUGGUUCUGUUAUAAUCUCCACCCGGCACAGCCAGAAGAGGACUGGCCACCCCUCAUAGCCUGGUUCCUCUCUAGGUUUCUUCCUAGGUUUUGCCUUUCUAGGGAGUUUUUCCUAGCCACCGUGCUUCUACACCUGCAUUACUAGCUGUUUGGGGUUUUAGGCUGGGUUUCUGUACAGCACUUCGAGAUAUUAGCUGAUGUAAGAAGGGCUAUAUAAAAUAAAAUUGAUUGAUUGAAUUAGUUUUUCCAUCCUCUUUCCUUUGCCUAUUGUGAUACCUCUGCCAAAACCUAAAGAAAAUAGUUGCGUUGCUAAACCGGAACAUUACGUUUAAUGUAUAUAGAUUUGAAUUUAGUUUUUUGUAUGAUUCAAGCUAGAUAUUUGUAAGUCCCUCUGGAUAAGAGCGUCUGCUAAAUGAUGUAAAUGAAUAAAUGAGAAUACAAUACAGGUACAGGAUGCAAUAUAAUACAGGUACAUCAUGCUGUACAAUACAAUACUGGUACAGCAUACAAUACAAUACAGGUACAGCAUAAAAUACAAUACAGAUACAGCGUACAAUACAGGUACAGGAUGCAAUAUAAUACAGGUACAUCAUGCUGUACAAUACAAUACUGGUACAGCGUACACUACAGGUACAGCAUACAAUACAAUACAAUACAGGUACAGCAUACAAUACAAUACAAUACAGGUACAGCAUGCAAUACAAUACAAUACAGGUACAGCAUGCAAUACAAUACAGGUACAGCAUGCAAUGCAAAACAAUGCAAUACAAUACAGGUACAGCGUACACUACUGGUACAGCAUACAAUACAAUACAAUACAGGUACAGCAUACAAUACAGAUACAGUGUACAAUACAGGUACAGCAUACAAUACAGAUACAGCGUACAAUACAGGUACAGCAUACAAUACAGGUACAGCAUACAAUGCAAAACAAUACAGUACAAUACAGGUACAUCAUACAAUACAAUACAGGUACAGCAUACACUACAGUACAGGUCCAGCAUACAAUACAAUACAGGUCCAGCAUGCAAUACAAAUAAAAUGGAAUCAAAUGUAUUGGUCACAUACACAUGGUUAGCAGAUGUUAUUGCGAGUGUAGCGAAAUGCUUGUGCUUCUAGUUCCGAAAGUGCAGUAAUAUCUAGCAAGUAAUAUCUAACAGAUACACAACAAAUAUCUAAUACACACAAAUCUAAGUAAAGGAAUGGAAUAAGAAUAUGUAAAUAUAUGGAUGAGUGAUGUCAUUAUCAGAGCAGCAUAGGCUAAGAUGCAAUAGAUAGUAUAGAAUACAGUAUAUACAGAUGAGAUGGGUAAUGCAAGAUAUGUAAACAUUAUUAAAGUGGUAUUAUUAAAGUACUAGUGUUCCAUUUAUGAAAGUGGCCAGUGACUUUCAAGUCUGUAUGUAGGCAGCAGCCUCUCUGUGCUAGUGAUGACUAUUUAACAGUCUGAUGGCCUUGAGAUAGAAGCUGUUUUUCAGUCUCUCGGUCCCAGCUUUGAUGCACCUGUACUGACCUCACCUUCUGGAUGAUAGCGGGGUGUCACGAUCGUUGAGAGACGGGUCAGACCAAGGUGCAGCGUGAAAACUGUACAUGUUUAUUAACUGAAUAAACAUACAACAAAACAAGAACCAACGUAACGUGAAGUCCUCCGGCUAUACACAUACAAGCCUAAACGGAACAAGAUCCCACAACUAAGGUAGGCAAGCAGGCUACUUAAGUAUGAUCCCCAAUCAGAGACAACGAGCGACAACUGCCUCUGAUUGGGAAUCACACCCGGCCAAACAUAGAAAUAUCAACCUAGAUCUGCAACAUAGAAAUAGACUAUCAUAGAUCUCAAAUAGACAUUCACACCCUGACUCAACAAACAAGAGUUCCAUAGGUCAGGGCGUGACACUGGGUGAACAGGCAGUGGCUCGGGUGGUAGUUGUCCUUGAUUAUCUUUUUGGCCUUCCUGUGACAUCGGGUGCUGUAGGUGUCCUGGAGGGCAGGUAGUUUGCCCCUGGUGAUGCGUUGUGCAGACCGCACCACCCUCUGGAGAGCCCUGCGGUUGCGGGCGGUGCAGUUGCCGUACCAGGCGGGGAUACAGCCCGACAGGAUGCUCUCAAUUGUGCAUCUGUAAAAGUCUGAGGGUUUUAGGUGACAGGCCAAAUUUCUUCAGCCUCCUGAGGUUGAAGAGACGCUGUUGCGCCUUCUUCACCACACUGUCUGUGUGGGUGGACCAUUUCAGUUUGUCAGUGAUGUGUACGCAGAGGAACUUGAGGCUUUCCACCUUCUCCACUGCGGUCCUGUUGAUGUGGACAAGGGCGUGUUUCCUGAAGUCUACAAUCAUCUCCUUUGUUUUUUUGACGUUGAGUGAGAGGUUAUUUUCCUGGCACCACACUCCCAGAGCCCUCACCUCCUCCCUGUAGGCAGUCUCAUCAUUGUUGGUAAUCAAGCCUACUACUGUUGUGUUGUCUGCAAACUUGAUGAUUGAGUUGGAGACGUGUGGCUACGCAGUUAUGGGUGAACAGGGAGUACUGGAGGGGGCUGAGCACACACCCUUGUGGGGCUCCAGUGUUGAGGAUCAGCGAAGUGGAGAUGUUGUUUCCUACCUUCACCACCUGGGGGCGGCCUGUCAGGAAGUCCAGGACCCAAUUGCACAGGGCGGGGUUCAGACCCAGGGCCCCAAGCUUGAUGAUGAGCUUGGAGGGUACUAUGGUGUUGAAUGCUGAGCUAUAGUCAAUGAACAGCGUUCUUACAUAGGUAUUCCUCUUGUCCAAUACACUACAAUACAGAUACAGCAUACACUACUGGUACAGCAUACAAUACAAUACAGGUACAGCAUACAAUACAAUACAGGUACAGCAUACAAUACAAUACAAUGCAAUACAAUACAGAUACAGCAUACAAUACAGGUACAGUGUACAAUACAAUACAGAUACAGCAUACAAUACAAUACAGGUACAGCAUACAAUGCAAUACAAUACAGAUACAGCAUACAAUUCAAUACAGGUACAGCAUACAAUACAAUGCAGGUACAGCAUACAAUACAAUGCAAUACAAUACAGAUACAGCAUACAAUUAAAUACAGGUACAGCAUACAAUGCAAUACAGGUACAGCAUACAAUACAAUGCAGGUACAGCAUACAAUACAAUGCAAUACAAUACAGAUACAGCAUACAAUUAAAUACAGGUACAGCAUACAAUACAAUGCAAUACAAUUCAAUACAGGUACAGCAUACAAUACAAUACAGAUACAGCAUACAAUUCAAUACAGGUACAGCAUACAAUGUAAUACAAUACAGAUACAGCAUACAAUUCAAUACAGGUACAGCAUACAAUACAAUACAGAUACAGCAUACAAUUCAAUACAGGUACAGCAUACAAUACAAUACAGGUACAGCAUACAAUGCAAUACAGAUGCAGCAUACAAUUCAAUACAGGUACAGCAUACAAUGUAAUACAAUACAGAUACAGCAUACAAUUUGGUACAGGUACAGCAUACAAUACAAUGCAAUACAAUUCAAUACAGGUACAGCAUACAAUGUAAUACAAUACAGAUACAGCAUACAAUUCAAUACAGGUACAGCAUACAAUACAAUACAGGUACAGCAUACAAUACAAUGCAAUACAAUACAGAUGCAGCAUACAAUUCAGUACAGGUACAGCAUACAAUACAAUGCAAUACAAUUCAAUACAGGUACAGCAUACAAUACAAUACAGAUACAGCAUACAAUUCAAUACAGGUACAGCAUACAAUACAAUACAGGUACAGCAUACAAUACAAUGCAAUACAAUACAAUACAGAUGCAGCAUACAAUUCAAUACAGGUACAGCAUACAAUGUAAUACAAUACAGAUACAGCAUACAAUUCAAUACAGGUACAACAUACAAUACAAUACAGGUACAGCAUACAAUACAAUGCAAUACAAUACAAUACAGAUGCAGCAUACAAUUCAAUACAGGUACAGCAUACAAUGUAAUACAAUACAGAUACAGCAUACAAUUCAAUACAGGUACAACAUACAAUGUAAUACAAUACAGAUGCUGUCCUGGCGUCGUGAGGGAGCUUGUUCCACCAUUGGGGUGCCAGAGCAGCGAACAGUUUUGACUGGGCUGAGCGGGAACUGUGCUUCCGCAGAGGUAGGGGGGCUAACAGGCCAGAGGUGGAUGAACGCAAUGCCCUCGUUUGGGUGUAGGGACUGAUCAGAGCCUGAAUGUACGGAGGUGCCGUUCCCCUCACUGCUCCAUAGGCAAGCACCAUGGUCUUGUAGCGGAUGCGAGCUUCAACUGGAAGCCAGUGGAGUGUGCGGAGGAGGGGGGUGACGUGAGAGAACUUGGGAAGGUUGAACACCAGACGGGCUGCGGCAUUCUGGAUGAGUUGUAGGGGUUUAAUGGCACAGGCAGGGAGCCCAGCCAACAGCGAGUUGCAGUAAUCCAGACGGGAGAUGACAAGUGCCUGGAUUAGGACCUGUGCCGCUUCCUGUGUAAGGCAGGGUCGUACUCUCCGAAUGUUGUAGAGCAUGAACCUACAGGAUCGGGUCACCGCCUUGAUGUUAGCGGAGAACGACAGGGUGUUGUCCAGGGUCACGCCAAGGCUCUUCGCACUCUGGGAGGAGGACACAACGGAGUUGUCAACCGUGAUGGUGAGAUCAUGGAACGGGCAGUCCUUCCCCGGGAGGAAGAGCAGCUCCGUCUUGCCGAGGUUCAGCUUGAGGUGGUGAUCCGUCAUCCAUAUGUCUGCCAGACAUGCAGAGAUGCGAUUCGCCACCUGGUUAUCAGAAGGGGGAAAGGAGAAGAUUAGUUGUGUGUCGUCUGCGUAGCAAUGAUAGGAGAGGCCAUGUGAGGAUAUGACAGAGCCAAGUGACUUGGUGUAUAGCGAGAAUAGGAGAGGGCCUAGAACUGAGCCCUGUGGGACACCAGUGGUGAGAGCACGUAGUGCGGAGACAGAUUCUCGCCACGCCACUUGGUAGGAGCGACCAGUCAGGUAGGACGCAAUCCAAGAGUGAGCCGUGCCGGAGAUGACCAGCUCGGAGAGGGUGGAGAGGAGGAUCUGAUGGUUCACUGUAUCAAAGGCAGCAGACAGGUCUAGAAGGACAAGAGCAGAGGAGAGAGAGUUAGCUUUAGCAGUGCGGAGAGCCUCCGUGACACAGAGAAGAGCAGUCUCAGUUGAAUGACCAGUCUUGAAACCUGACUGGUUUGGAUCAAGAAGGUCAUUCUAAAGAGAGACAGCAAGAGAGUUGGCUAAAGACGGCACGCUCAAGUGUUUUGGAGAGAAAAGAAAGAAGGGAUACUGGUCUGUAGUUGUUGACAUUGGAGGGAUCGAUGUCAACAGCAUACAAUACAGAUACAGAAUACAAUACAAUAUAGAUACAGCAUACAAUACAAUACAGGUACAGCAUACAAUACAAUACAGGUACAGCAUACAAUACAGAUACAGCAUACAAUACAGGUACAGCAUACAAUACAAUACAGAUACAGCAUACAAUACAGUGUACAAUACAAUACAGGUACAGCGUACAAUACAGAUACAGUGUACAAUACAAUACAGGUACAGCAUACAAUACAGAUACAAUAUACAAUACAAUACAGAUACAGCAUACAUCAUACAAUACAGGUACAGUGUACAGCAUAGAAUACAAUACAAUACAGAUACAGCAUACAAUACAGGUACAGCAUACAAUACAAUACAGAUACAGCAUACAAUACAGGUACAGAAUACAAUACAGAGUACAAUACAGAUACAGUAUACAUUUGUAAUUAUAUUGUAAUUAUAUGCCAUUUAGCAGACGCUUUUAUCCAAAGCGACUUACAGUCAUGUGUGCAUACAUUUUUACGUAUGGGUGGUCCCGGGGAUCGAACCCACUACCCUGGCGUUACAAGCGCCAUGCUCUACCAAUUGAGCUACAGAGGACCACAUGAUGUCUCUCUGUAGUGUCUGAUGUCUGUCUGUACUGUGUGUCUGUAGUGGCUGAUGUCUGUCUGUCUGUACUGUGUGUCUGUAGGAGGAAGAUGAGGUGCCUGAUGAUGAGACUCUGAACCAGAUGAUCGCCCGUAACGAGGAUGAGUUUGAGUUGUUCAUGGUGAGAAGCACGUUACAUUAACAGUAGCCAUUGGUCUGGUGCUUUUUAGACAUUUAUAUAUAUUAUUGAGUUUGAAUACUGACACAAUAAGACCACAAUAGGGUAAAGGUUAGGUUAAAUGUUAGGUUAAAGGUUGGAUUAAAGGUUAGGGUAAAGGUUAAAGGUUAGGGUAAAGGUUAAAGGUUAGGGUAAAGGUUAGGGUAAAGGUUAAGGUAAAGGUUUGGUUAAAGGUUGGGUAAAGGUAAAGUUUAAGGUUAGGGUAAAGGUUAGGUUAAAGGUUGGGUAAAGGUAAAGUUUAAGGUUAGGGUAAAGGUUAGGGUAAAGGUUAGGUUAAAUGUUCGGUAAAGGUUAGGUUAAAAGUUAGGGUAAAGGUUAGGUUAAAGGUUCGGUAAAGGUUCGGUAAAGGUUAGGUUCAAGAUUAGGUUAAAGGUUAGGGUAAAGGUUAGGUUAAAGGUUAAAGGUUAGGUUAAAGAUUAGGGUAAAGGUUAGGGUAAAGGUAAAGUUUAAGGUUAGGGUAAAGGUUAGGGUUAAGGUUAGGGUAAAGGUUAGGGUAAAGGUUAGGUUAAAGGUUAGGUUAAAAUUAGGGUAAAGGUUAGGGUAAAGUUUAAGGUUAGGGUAAAGGUUAGGGUAAAGGUUAGGUUAAAGGUUGGGUAAAGGUAAAGGUUAGGGUAAAGGUUAGGGUAUAGGUUAGGGUAAAGGUUAGGUUAAAGGUUAGGUUAAAGGUUAGGGUAAAGGUUAGGUUAAAGGUUAAAGGUUAAAGAUUAGGUUAAAGAUUAGGGUAAAGGUAAAGUUUAAGGUUAGGGUAAAGGUUAGGGUAAAGGUAAAGUUUAAGGUUAGGGUAAAGGUUAGUGUAAAGGUUAGGUUAAAGGUUGGUUAAAGGUAAAGUUUAAGGUAAACUUUAAGGUUAUGUUAAAUGUUAAAGGUUAGGGUAAAGGUCAAGUUUAAGGUUAGGGUAAAGGUUAGGGUAAAGGUUAGGGUAAAGGUAAAGUUUAAGGUUAGGGUAAAGGUUAAGGUUAGGGUUGGGAUUGGGGUAAAGGUUAGGGUAAAGGUUGGGUAAAGGUUGGGGUUAGGGUAAAUGUUAGGGUUAUAACCUAAUAAAGUGUUGUUUCCUCUUUAGAGUUAGGGUUAGGGUAAAGUGUUGUUGUUUCCUCUAGAGUAUGGACCUGGACCGGCGGCGGGAGGACGCCAGGAACCCCAAAAGGAAGCCGCGUCUGAUGGAGGAGGAUGAGCUGCCAUCUUGGAUCGUCAAGGAUGACGCGGAGGUGGAGCGGCUCACCUGUGAGGAAGAGGAGGAGAAGAUCUUCGGCCGAGGAUCACGCAGGAGAGGCGACGUUGACUACAGUGAUGCCCUGACAGAGAAACAGUGGCUCAGGGUAGGCUGGAACAUAUUAACUAUUUAUAAAGAU